AUGGACUCUCCAGGCAACAGCCGAAGCCCUAGUCCUGCACAGAAUGAACACAGCGGUGAGGAAAAACAUCUGUUACAGUGAUUUAUUGUUCAUGUUGCUGUAGGCUGAAAUUGUCUUUUUCCCCCUGCUCAGUCUCUUUAUUUGUGUCUCCCCCUCCAGGCCCCUCUGAAGAAGACUCAAGUCCAGUGGCAGAGAGGCCCCAAGAAACUGCUGCAGUGGAGAAGAGCCCCGGACAGGAGAGCCCCGGACAGGGGCCAUCUCCCGGGGCCAGUCCUGAAGGCCGUCCCACAUCCAGGAGCCCCGCUUCUAGUCGUGCCUCCAGCAGCUCAGACAGUGACAGCAGUAGUAGUGAUGAUGACGAAAACAACGGGGUAUUGAGGAAGAUAAGGAGCAGUGUGGCGCAGAUCAAAGUAAGUAGUAACAAAGUGAAUGUCACUCACUCCAUACAUGUGUACAUAAACAGACUGCACUAGACUUCUGCAGACUGUGAUGUCUACAAUCAUGUUGAGGGAUUCAAAGAGCGCAGAAAAGAUUUGAUAUCUGAUGACUCGCUGAUAUUAGAUGAAUAAAUACCUGUGGUAUAAACAGCAUUACUCUUUCCUUUUGCCAGGUCAACACUAAGCAAUCUUCUUGGGGCAGUUGCAGAUGAAAGAUAGGAUAUCCCGAUCUAAACUUGAUAUUUGAUCCAUUAUUUUUAUCAGUCAUUUACAUUCAGGUUGGUAAAUAUGAAGACACAUAAAGUAGAGUUAGAGUCAAAGACUAAACUGGUCUGCAAGCCUGUGAACAAGAGCUGUAAUGACUCUUAUAUGUUGAUCUUGUUCUGUGAUAUGCAGUAUCAUAGAUUUACAGUGGAUAUAAAAAGUCUACACACCCCUGUUCAACUGCCAGGUUUUUGUCAUGUAAAAAAAUUAAACCAAGAUAAAUAAUUUUUAACUUCUUCCACCUUUAAUGUGACCUACAACCUGUACAACACAACUGAAAAACAAACAGAAAUCUUAUGUCUGGGCGGUGAGGUAGGGUGGCAAGAUAGCCUUAUCUUACAAAGAAAAACAUCAAAGCCUGGCUUAAUUUUGCAAAAAGACAUCUGAAAUUUUUUAUCUAGCUGUCAUUUUCUUACAUCACUAAAACCUGGCAGUUGAACAGGGGUGUGUAGACUUUUUCUAUCCACUGUAUAUAUUCAGACUGUAUAUAUUCAGACUGCAGAAAAGGAGCUGGGACCAGAUCUUUAGGAGGCACAAAUCUGCAAGUUGUAUGUACUGCAGGCUAUGCACGGUAAUCCUGAUACUGCUCUUCCCAGAAAAUGUCCUCGGGCUCCUCCAGGAGAAUCCCGAGGCAGCCCCCAAAGCGAAAAGAUCAGCAUAAUUCUGGGUCUACCCCAGGGUCUCCUACCAAUUACAUCAGAAUAAGUCCUUGGAAGUUGAUUUCUUUCCCUCCUGCAGAUGUGAGGCUGCAGUCAAGAGACUGAUCGGGCUUAACUUGGCUUAAAGACUAGAUACAGGAUGAAAGAGCCAGCCAGGCUGUCUUUAAAGAUAAAAUAAUCCACCUAAUUGUAACCCCUAAUUCACAGUGAAUCAUAUUUCUUUAAUCUGUGACGAAGCGAAGUGUCUUUCUGAUUUAAAGGGAGCAUAUGCAUUUUUUUCUCCAUGUUUAAGGGACACUGUGAUAAAUUUCCUCCUUUUUGAUGUUCGAUAGCCUUAGCUGUUCAUGACCGAUGCUCCAUAUUAAACUCAAACAUACUUUAUUUUCAUUUCUGCUAAGAACUUUCUAUUUCUGAAAGAAUCAAACUGGUUAAAAAAAAAAGACUCAAUCAUGUUGAGUUUUCUCCUCUCCACUCCACAGUGUGGGCUUCGAUUAUUAUUUUACCUCAUUAAAUAUUAAGUGAUUCUGCGUAUCUGGUCCUGCAGAGUUGUCUUGUCAGCAGUUUUAGUUUCCAUAGCAACAGGAAAUAUGAUGAAGGUCAAGUUAUGUUUGUGAGUUGAGAUGAAAUAAAGGUAUAUUUCAAACAUUUUUGAUGAGUAAAGGUCGGAGUGAGUGACAGAAUCUCAAAUAGAAGAGAGCUGUGAGUCCAUUACUGUCAUCUUGAGCCAGAAAGCUUUUGAGUGAAGUAAAUAAAACUCACCCGGACUGACUUGAGCCGUUUUUAAAAACGGCAGCUUGUUUUUCUGUCGGUCCAGACUGUCAGACUCUGUUGUAAAUAAGAGUCUUUUUAAAAAGUGAAGACUGAAAGAAGAACUUUAUGACUCUUUGUCUUGUUGUUCUCCAGAGAUCAAGAUCCAAAUCCAAAGAGCUGGACCAAGCUGAGUCUAGAGAGCAAGACCGAUCACGAUCCCGAUCCAAAAGAAGAGACGGAUCAGGUUCACGAGAAAGAGACAGGUCCAGAUCCAGGUCCAGGUCCAGGUCCAGGUCGAGGGGACGAGACAGGUCUGGAUCCAGAGGACGAGACAGGUCUAGAUCAAGAGGACGGGACAGGUCUAGAUCAAGAGGAUGGGACAGAUCAGGAUCACGAGGACGCAACAGAUCUGGAUCAAGAGGAAGAGACAGGUCCAGAUCAAGGGGAAGGGACAGAUCCAGGUCCCGAGAAAGAGACAGAGACCGCUACAACAGAGGACGCUAUAACAGGUAACAGAGGCCCACACAGCUAGAAUUGGCUCCACCAGUCAGAAUCACUGACUCUUCAUAAGGUUAAAAACUACAUAAUGGAAAGUGUAAAGACUUGUUGAAAACAGAUAAGAUAAAUUUAACCUCCUGCAGCUACAUUAUUAGAAAAAUAAACAUUUUUUCAGCCACAUAAGAUGUGUGCAGACUCUGGGUAAACUAUGAUGUAGCUAACUAUAAGGGAAUGAGUUCUAAGGGCCCGAUUGUGGUUAAAGUACGAGGAAAAAAUACCUUAAUAAUACCAAAAAAACCUGGGCUCUCUUUCUAGGGAUCGCUAUGACGAUCGCAGAGACGACAGAGGCGGGCGUUACGACAGGCGGAGGGAUUUGGAUCCUGAGACUGAUCGCAGGAGGCAUGGCCGCUGGGCCUCCCCUCCACCAGAGGAGGAACCAGAGAAGAACGAAGAGCCGCCGACUAAGAAGAAGAAAGAGGAGCUGGACCCGAUCCUGACAAGGACGGGAGGAGCUUACAUCCCGCCCGCGAGGCUGCGCAUGAUGCAGCAGCAAAUCACAGAUAAGAGCAGGUAAGAGCACGUCUAGACAUUUGGAUUAUUGUCCAACAAACGGACGAGCACUUGAAUGCAUCAGAUUUACUGCAAAGAGUUUAAUUGUUGUUUUUUAGAAUUUGCUGCUUGGAUUCAGUUAUUUUCAUCUCUAAAUUUCAGACAAAUGUCUCUAAUCUCAGCUGUUGAUUCAGUCUGUUUGUGUUGUGACUGAUGUCCCGCCCUUUCUGCAGCCUGGCCUAUCAGAGGAUGAGUUGGGAAGCUCUGAAAAAGUCCAUCAAUGGUCUUAUCAACAAAGUCAACGUAUCCAACAUGGUCCACAUCAUCCAGGAGCUGCUGCAGGAGAACAUCGUCAGGGGGAGGUAAACAACAACAACAACAACAACAAACACUAAUGUGGAGUUUUAUUUCCUGGGUUUCAUGAAAGAGAAUUAAGACAGGAGGUUAAGUGCUGCCUGACUCACUUUAUUGUCGUUUUGUCCGUCUGUGUGUGUGUGUGUGUGUCAGGGGUCUGCUGGCUCGCUCCGUGCUGCAGGCUCAGGCAGCCUCUCCGAUCUUCACUCAUGUUUACGCCUCUGUCGUCGCCAUCAUCAAUUCCAAAUUCCCUCAGAUUGGAGAGCUGAUCCUCAAACGCCUCAUCCUGAACUUCAGGAAAAGCUACCGCCGCAACCUCAAGGUAGCGGUCACUCUGACUACCCCUCCUACUGAAUGUUUGUCGUCAGGGAUUACAUUAUAGGAAAUGACCAGAGAUUCAAACAACAGUUCAACACAAAUCCAGAUUCUUAAUGUCUGGAAUAUUUCAUGUUCGCAAAAGUAAAGUUCUGUUAGUAAUAAGAUGGAGAACUGAUGGCUGAACUGAUUUACAAGCCGGCAGUAAAACACUCAGAGCCUGUGCGCUCAUUGAAGCUAACUUGUGGUUAAUUCCCAAAAUGGCAAAGUUUGGGUGCAUUUUAAAUGAAACGUCUUAGUGGUAAAAUUAGGGUGCCAGCGCUCGGAGCAAAGCGGAGCAGAGCAUGAAAGUCUUCCUCCCAAUCCCAGACUCCCUAGAGCUGAGGACUGAACCCUCAGUGACCUCAGUGACGCCAGGAACUAAGUGCUUGAGUCCAUGAGAUGGUAUAAAAAUAAGGAAUGGGGCGCACUAUCGUGGCACUAAGAUGCUCCUUUAAAUAAAGAUAAGAAAGACACAACUUUAGUAUUUUAUCAGAUUCAGAUUCAGACAACUUAAUUAAUCCCCGAAGGGCCGUUCACUUCUCAGUAACCCGCCUUGUUGUUAAACGAUUAAGGAACAGACAAAUACCAGGCAUUACAGCAGCAUAUGGCCCAAACAUUGAGCACAUGUCAUGUGCUUAAGGGUCAUUAUUUGUUAUAUAGUGGUAAACUAUUCAAAGUCAGUGGAUAUUGAUGUAAAGAUUUCAAAAUCCUAAACUAGAAAACACAACUUUACAAAAGUGGAAUAAGUCACCACCAAAAUACAGAGCUACAUGCUGUCAGCUACAAACAGAUGUGACAAGAGUUUCUGACCAUGCCUGUUGUUUUUUGUUCACACUUAAUGAAAUAGGCUCAUCAGUUAAUCUGUACCUGGUCAGAUUCAUAGGGGGCUGCCAGUGUCCACAGUUAGGACCAGCCAGAAACUAAAGGCAGGCCGAUUUUUCUCUGUACCACUUGGUCUGGUACAUUUUAGCACCAAAAUUGUCAUGUCAUUAGAAAAUGUUUCAUUUCAACCUGAUUUUGGUGUUACUGCAACCUCUUUCUCCUGCAUGUUGGAGCUGUGGGGUUGUCAGACACAUUCAUCAGGGUUCCUACGCAAGUAUGGAAGUUAUUUGAUCAAUUUCAAGGUCUUAAAAAGUAUGGUAAAUGAAAGAUAAAGUAUGGGUUUCCAGACUAUUACCACAGUAGAAAAAAUACUGUUUACUAAAAGAGAAAAGUAGAUAUUUCCAAAAAUAAUUCUAAAAAGUAGGGAAUGGAAAAGUCUCCUUAUCUCUUUAGAUUUGCAAUGGACUGUGGGUAAUUUUCACAGAGGAGUCCUCAGAAUUGCUGACUGAGAAAAACUGCAUAAUGUUGGGUUGUAUAGUCUGCAUUCGAUCCCUCAUGGAUUGAUGAUCUCACAGUGGACGGUCUUAAGUAAUCACACGCUUGUUUGGGGCACCAACAGCUUUCUGCUGCUGGUUCUCCACCGAUGAAGACGUGACAUUAGCAGGAAGAUUUACAGCUAACCAGUUAUGUUGUGCAGUAAAGUAUGUUCUCAUUACUGCACAUAACAGCACUGACAUCAUAAAGCUGCAUGUCCUCUGUCAGAAAGAAACAUCCAUCAAAACCACUUAGCAGAACUGUCAGCUGGGCUUUAUUUUGCAUUUCAAUGUCUGGAAGGACAUGAGUGAAUGGUUUGGCCCACAGAACAGUGGACUACUUCCUUCUCUGUUCAUUUCAUUACAAACACCUUUGAAUGUUUUUGAGUGGAUGUCAAAGAUUUCUGGCUCCUGUGACUCAGAUGGAAAUGGUCCAGCUCGAGGAAACUGAAGCUGUUUGAGUUAAAUGACCAGAGACGGAGAGACACCGGAGCUAAACUAGAGGAACAAGGAAGACCAAGAAGAGUUGGACACAGUUAGAGCUUUGUCUUUAUAUUUUCCAUCACCCUAUAACAUGAAUUAUUAAUUAGCAGGUUAUUGUCUUCAAUAGCUGAAGUUUUAGUCCAGUAAUUGUCAAAAAAGUGGAAAAUGUUUAAAAAGUUUUGCCCUUUUGUAACUUACUUUCUAAAACAUAAUUUUUGACAUUUUAAUGAGAUGACUUAAAUUGCAGCUGAAACAAUUGUCCAUCAUAUGUAAAUGGGGGGGGGCGAUAUGGCCUCAAAUCAAUAUCACGAUAUAUUGAGCAGUUCACCUCAAUAAAUGGAUCAUAACUACUCCACAAGCUGCUCACCCCCUCCCAUAUUAAAUUAAUCUCCUUCAGCCGCCACUCCAGUCGCUACAACUUUUGAACCAUCCUCCAUCUCCUCACCUGUCUUUCCCUCUUUGUUAUGGACUGGAUGGGGUGGAGUCACGUCUCUGAUGCAGGACAGCGUCUUAAAGGGACAUGAGACCAAAGCCUACCUACACACAUCCAAAACCAACUUUUAUUUAUUUAUUUAUUUGACACAGAAUAUAUCGACAUGGGCAAAAUGACGUCAGUUAUUGACGUAAAUUUCGGUAUCGGUACAUUUUCGGUUUAUUGCCCAGCCCUAUAUGUAGACCUCCUUGCAGUUUACAUCUGUACUUUUUUGUGACAUCUUAAAUGAAAAGAAAAAAGUUCAGCAACUUGACACUAAGAAGAAAGUUUGUAUUUUAUAUGUAAUCGUUAUGAAUAUGAUUAAAUUUUAGGUAUCAGAGGUUGUGUGAUGUACUAAAUCCAGUCUGUCUUCUGAUUUUCAGCAACAGUGCCUGACAGCCUCCAAGUUUGUGGCUCAUCUCAUCAACCAGAACGUGGUAGGUCCUGAAGUCAGACCGAGCGUUUGUUCAGAGUUGAUGUUCUCAGAUGUAAUAAAGUGAAAGUAUUUCUUUCUGUGCUGUGUAGGCCCAUGAGGUUUUGUGUCUAGAGAUGCUCACAUUGCUUCUGGAGCGCCCGACUGAUGACAGCGUGGAGGUCGCCAUUGCCUUCCUCAAAGAGUGCGGUCUCAAACUGACUGAGGUGUCACCGCGAGGAAUCAACGGUACAAAAUGAAGCUUUUUGUUUUGUUUUGGAUCCAUAAAAUGUUGGUUUUAUGAGUUUAGAGAUGAACAAGUUUACCAACACUUAUAAGUGUUCGCAGGUGUCUUAUGAGGUCUUAUUAAAUGUCUUUUCAGCCAUAUUUGAGCGCCUCAGGAAUGUACUCCACGAGUCCAGCAUCGAUAAGAGGGUCCAGUACAUGAUUGAGGUGAUGUUCGCCAUCAGAAAAGACGGUUUCAAAGACCACCCGGUGAUCCCAGAUGGUCUGGACCUGGUAGACGAGGAGGACCAGUUCACCCACAUGCUACCUCUAGAUGACGAGUACAACACUGAGGACAUCCUCAGUAAGUCUCAGAGAGGGAGAGGAGCAGGAGACUCUUCAUGCUCGAAUCAUUUGAAUCAGUUUGUGUGUGUAGAUCUUACAUGAGUUUGUUCCUCCAGAUGUGUUCAAGUUGGACCCGGACUUCCUGGAGAAUGAAGAGAAAUACAAAACCAUCAAAAAAGGUCUGAAUCAGCCAAAAAAACAUUUCCUGUCACUGUCCAAUCAGCUGCCACUUUUACCACAGUUUAACCAAUCAGCUGUUACCUUCUGACAGAAAUCCUGGACGAGGGCAGCAGCGAUUCAGGGGAGGAUGGAGACGGGAGUGAAGGAAGCGAUGAAGAAGAUGAAGAGGAGAAUCAAGAAGAGGGAGAAGGUGAGUAAGAUGGGUUGUGCUUUUCUUUUAUCAAACUUGAGAAGAUCAUGUGCAAGUGCAAAAUAUUUCCACUGGUCCUUUUAAAAACAUUUGAUUUAUGUAGUGCUGGGCGAUAUGGAAAAAAAUGUAUAUCACGAUAUGGAUCAUUUUAUAUCACGAUAACGAUAUAUAUCACGAUAUAGCUAUGGUAUGCUUUCAGUUCUAUGAAAAAAAAAAAGUUUAUACAGCUGCACUAGUACAGUACCAGUACAAGACCAGCACUUAAAACUAGAAAAAUGAAUAAAUAAAUACGUGGCCGAAGUGCGUUCAUGUCUGUGCUCACCCAAAGUUAUGCAACACUCACAGAAAACGCCGAUAGUGUGAGCCAAAGCACUCCAUAAUAAUAAUAAUAAUAAUAAUAAAUUUAAUUUGUAAUGCACUUUACAUUUACAAAAAAUCUCAAAGUGCUACAGUACACAGUAAAAAAAGAGCAGCAACAAUAAAAAAGCAAUAGAAUGACAGUCACAGAUUGGCAUAAAAAAAGAAUUAAAAAAAAAUAAAAAAUAUAGAGUUGCAAAGUAAGAGGCAAGGUAGUAAAAGCAUAAAGCAUAGAGGAAAACUAACCAAAGGCUUUAUUAAAAAGGUAGGUCUUUAGGGCUCUUUUGAAGAGGUUGUUCACACUGCUAGAUGUUUCUCCUCCAAAGCUGCUCUCUGCCUCCAUCAUUUUUUACUUUACUCUUGAAGCACGUAGCAAGACCGGAGCAUGAAUCCGAGCGCUUUAUUCGCCUAUCAGGGGCAGACAGGUAAGGUGAUUUGAUUCGCCACGACUCCAGAAAUGAUUGAAAAACUACAGAAUGUCACAAAAUUACGUUUCCUCGCUGCUGGCUUGAAGGGUACAAAUGCGCAGCCGCGCUCCCAGCUGACAGGAAGUCAAACCACUGUUGUAGUUCUUUUGUGUUGCUAGCGCGGUCAAGAGUGUUAGCUCUCACUGAGAGAUGACUACAAAAAUGGACGCACCUGUUCAUCUGGUUGUUAAACACGGCUGAAAAAGAUCAUCUUUUCAUGUUGUUCCCGCUCCUGCCCACUCCCGUUGCCUUUUUUCCCGUCCCGUCCCGAUCAAGGGAUUAAUAAAAAAAUGACUCCCAUCCCGUGGGAUUCCCGCGGAAAUCACGUGACCCACGGGAAUUCCCGAAAAAUGUCAUCCUCUACAGGGAAGGUCCCGGAGCAGAUGAAACAGGUGCCGGAGCGGCUGAAAUAGAUCCCGGAUCCGAUCAAAAGAGGUCCCGGAGCGCGCUCCGACUUGCUCCGGCACAAAUUAAGCACUGCUUACAAUGAUCCCCUCACGUGUGUAACCCAGGUAACCCGCAACGGCGGGAGACGCUGGACACGAAGAGGGCACGUAAAGCGGCGUCAUGUCGCAAAAUCGAAAGAGAAAUGCGAGCCUACAUGUCAACGCAUCCUUUUCUUUGUAAUAAAAUAUUGUUUUCUUUCCCGUUCGACACCAAAUACACUUACUGAAUGUGCAAUUAUUGUUGUUGUUACUAUGAAUCAUCUGAUGGCACAAGCUCUAUGGAUUAAAUACAACCUAUCGCCCGAAACGAUAAAAAUAAAAAUGGCACGAUAGACAUUUUCUAUCGUGCCCACGAUAUCUAUCGUCCUAUCGCCCAGCACUAGAUUUAUGUGUAUUUUAGUUUUUGAGGCGCUGUUUGACAACGAAGAACAUUAUAAUAAAAUUCAUAGUCGCUCUAGUGUCCAUGAACACUGUCUGUUUUAAGGAAGGGUGUCCAGAGGGGAAAAGGUGCAAUCCAUCCUCCUGCAUGAAGACUUUUCUUAAGUUUAGCAACUUUCAGUUUCCGUGCAGCUGUGUAGCUUUUAUGUACUAUCUGUUAACCUCUCUGACCUGGCUGCUUAAAGCAUAACCUCUACCUACAUGGAGGUGCAUGCGUAGACAACUAGGGGGGCCAAAUUUUAAGUAAACUGAAAGUUCCUCACAGGAGCUUUAAAUAAAACUUAUCCUUAAAGCUGCUUCCGUUCAGCUAAAUAUUUGCCUUUUAAAAAUUCUAAUCAAGUCAAUGCAAUGAUUGGACUGUAAGAGCUCAGCUAGGGAGAGACUAUAGCUUUGAAUAUGCAAGGAGUGUGGCCAAAAAAGGAGAGACAGUGUUUUUAAAACUUCCUCAACAGCCAUCAGGGGGAGACAAAACUUUUAUCUGUAUCGUAAAAAGAAGGACAGUCCACAUUGGAGCCUGUUGAGAAAGACUGGGAGCCAAAGGCAGCUGUCUUAAUCUAUUUACUGUUCCAUUUUUGAGCUUAAAGUUUUAUAUUUAUCUGUAUAAGGAUCAUUCAACUGAAGCAAAACAGGCAUUUGAAUCACCUUCAAAACACGUUCUGUCUGUGUGUGUCCUUCUCAGAUGAAAAGGUCACCAUCUUCGAUAAGACCGAGGUCAACCUGGUGGCUUUCAGAAGAACCAUCUACCUCGCAAUCCAGUCCAGGUACAUAUGCACACGCUUAUCCACAAAAACACACACUCAGUUACACAGGCAGUGACUCAGUCGUCUCUCUGGAUUUUGGCAGUUAUUUACAGCUCCUUCUAUAUUUGAGAGGCUUGGACUCAUACUUAAAGCGGUGUUUAAAGCUGUGUGCGAGUGUGUGUCAGUACGUAUGUGUGUGUGUGCAGCCUGGUUACCAUGGUUUCAGUGAAGAGCAGUUCACAGGUUUGGAAAAUAAGAUCAAACACCAAAACAGAUUGAGAAAAUUACAAAUAAACAGUCGCACACAAACACGCACACAAAGUCUUUCAUACUUGAAUUCAUUGAUUGACAAGCACUUAUUGAUGAAGACACUGAUUGAUCGGCUCUGUCUACAGUUUGGACUUUGAAGAGUGUGCUCACAAACUGAUCAAGAUGGACUUUCCUGACAGCCAGACGGUGAGUACACACACACAGACACACACACACAUAGAGAUACUUGGCUACAAAAAAAAGGCUUCAGUGGCACUCUCGCACAAAAGCAGACACACACAUUUGAAUGAGGAUAUUUUUUUCCACCUAGGAGGACUGUGUUUCUCCACUGAGGCUGACUCUGAAAAUAUCAGUGACUCUGAAGUGUAGAUGAAUGAAACAUGCUGUCUUUAAACAGGAAACAGUUGGUGUAGAGCAUUCAAUAUUCAGGAUUAAGGAUUCAGAGAAGCGGGGAUAAUAUUGUAAAAAUCCUGUCUGUAUCAUCACGAUUUCCGUUCAGAGGACGUCAAGAUUACAGUGACACGAAUCCUAAGUGUAUCUGACUCUGUUUACACAUCGAACGACCUUACAAGUGUACCUAAACCAGCUGCGUGUGUGUAUUUAUGAGGUCAAAGCCGAUGACCCUGUCAGACCUCGUCUCAUCAGCAUCAGGACUGAAUCACUCGACACAACAGCUGGAACGCAAACACACACAAACACACUCACCCACUCCGUGACACACACUCUCUUCAUUGCCGCUCUUUCACACACUGACUGUCAGAGGUGUUUACUGAAGAAACGCACGUUUUCGUCGAGUCACAAAGUUUUUACAUCAACAUCAGUGGAUCAAGAAGUGACUGUGUCAAUAAAUAAAGUGGAAUUGAUGGAGACGUAUUGAUAGAGAGGGAACUUUUAACCCGCAGAUUAACCAAGAAGAACAAAUUGAUAGAGGUGGGAGAAAAGAUGGAUUCACACAAGUGUCGCAAUUUUUGUUUUACAAUUUUAAAUCAAUUUUUUUGUUCAAAAAUAGAUUUUUUUUUUUCAAAUUUAAGAAUAAAGGUCCUUACGCACCAGGAACGACACAAAUAUACGAUGCAAUUUACAAAAUUUGACGCGCCUGACUAUACUCAUCAAGCGUGAUGCGAUUUUGCGACUUUCCAGGGGGAAAAACCCAACAGCAGACAGACUGUUUUUCAGUUCUGAUUAGACACUAGUGUUGAGAUGUCUGUCUGUCAUGAUAGCAUGUACUGAGUCAGGGCCAGUACCAGAGAAGCACAUUAAACUAUAAUCCAUAAACGUAAGGUAACAACUGAGGCCUAAUGGUGCUGUGACAGCAACGCUGUGAUUGAGUUUGAGACAGUGAAAAUACAUAUGGGAUGUUGUAUCUGAACAGUUUAGCUUACGAGCUAAAGUUACUUAGCACAGAUGAAAGUUAAAACAAAGAUGUUUAGCAAACUGUUAAAGCAUAAAAACUAUCGUCAUAUGAGAAAUCCGAUCCUGUGACUCUCCACAAGUUGUCCUUCAGGUCGUUAUCUUUGUAAUGUUUGUGUCUUUUAUCAAAAGACACUCUGUUCUCCGACACGUAAACAAUCAGCCGGUUGGCCGUGUUGGAUAUACCGGUGAAUCAGACGUCGUAACAACAUGAAAUCUGAUUGGUCAGAAGUGGACACACAGUAUGCGAAACUUUAGGAAAAUCGACCGUGAUCCAAAAAAGUAAAUGCUGCAAUAUCGCAGGACGGGAAAACGUCGCUGAUGUGAACGCUUGUACUGACAGGAUAAAAAAAAAUAUUGACGUCCAAAAUAAUUGCAUGAAAAAAACGGUCCCGAUGUGAAAGGACGUUAAUCUUAAAAACUGACUUAAAUGUGGUUUGUAUUUUUGGGGGUAUAUGCUUCCUGGAAUAGUCAGUAGACAAUCAUAAUCAUUCAACUGUUCCACUGGUGUUAAAAAUGCAGAUUAAAAAUCGACAAUAUCGUAGAAUUGCAAUUUAAAUUGAAUCGGCAUCCAAAAAACCCAGCCCUACAAAAUGAUGAGAUGUUUGUCGCUAACUGCAGGUGAGGAUUAGUACUAGAGUGUUAAAGAAUCUGUAAUCAUGGAUGCAGCAGGGUAUUUUAGGCCAUUUUUCAAUUUUUCUCUUCAACAGAAAAAACGGUAUAUAAAAAGAGUAGGUGUUGUGAUCUGUAUAUUUAAAGUUUAAAUCUCUUUACUCAUGGGAACAGAGCUUAUUGUGCUGCAAUCAGCUGCUAACUCCCAACCCUGUUUGACUUAAUUAAAAAAGCAUUCAUUGAUAUGCCUUUUAUAAGAGCUAAACUGUUUUCAACUUUCAUUUUUUCAUUGUUUCAUUUAUUUAUUACCUGCUCAGGAAAAAUCUAUUGAAACAGAUAGUCUCACAGAGGGAAACUGUCUUAAGAUGUUGUCUGGGAAAAGUUGUCGGGGUCAGCGUUUGACCGUGUUUUUAGGUAACAUGAGACACUCCCAUCUCUGAUAUUUGAGCACAUGUCAUCACAGCUGCUUUCUACUCAUCACACAAAAUCAAAACAGAGUCCAGAGCCGCUGUUUAGCUCAAAGUUGAGUGACGACUUACUCGGGUGUGACCUCCUCAAAGAUUUUACAACUCACUGUUCACUUAUGUAUAACACUUACACCCUGUUUAACUCUCAGCUUUAAAUAAAUAGUUCACAGUUGAUCAUUUAUGUGUGAUUGUGAAUUUGUUGGUUUUGUGUUUUAAUAAGAUGUUUGAUGUUUGUGUGAACAGAAGGAGCUGUGUAACAUGAUCCUGGACUGCUGCGCUCAACAGAGGACCUACGAGAAGUUCUUCGGUCUGCUGGCCGGGGUGAGACACACAAACGCUGUUUUAGGGGUCCCUAAAUGUAAAGAGGCAGUCCAUCCACAAAACUAAAAAAUGAUCAUUUUCUAGACACUUCUCAGGUUUAGAGAUUUUUGUCCUUAAAUUCACCUCCAUCCAGAUGAAAAAGGGGAGAAUUAAAUCAAUUUUAGCUGCUCAUGAGAUCAUUCAUCUCUUUCAUUUCUGUUCUAGAGGUAAUGAAAAACAAUCUGGACGGUUUUAUUGAACUGUUUGGUGGAGAUUAAUUUUAUCUCCAUGCUGUGAAGUUCACAGAGACCAACCGCAACAGUGUGCUACAUUCUUCCUUUAUACAAGGCCUGUAUAUGAAAAUAUGACAGGCCUAUGUAUGGAAUCUCAAUGGGGCUUAUAUAGGGGCUGAUAUAGAAAUGAGUCACUGUUGAGCCUGCGUCUUUCUUUAUAUAUAUAUGUACCCUUUUAUUUUACUUUAUUUGCACUCAUUUAAUAAAACCCCCGGUCUGUGAGAAUUUACAGUGUUGGCCUUAAAUCCUGUAACAUGGCAAUGUGGUUUGACACACAUAAAUUUCGUUAUUCAAUCUUGAAAUUUCUGGGGUUUUUUUUGUUUUUUUUAUCAUUUGUAAGUUUGGGACUUUCUUUGAUUGCAUAUUGUCUUAAAUUGAAGUAAAAGUUAUUACUAUUUAAAAGUAAGUUUGUAGUUUAUGAUUCUAAACAAAAAAAUCAACUCGAGGGCACAUGUUAACACUUUGGCGUGCGUGUGUGUGUGUGUGUUUGUGUGUGCAUGGACUUGUGUUUUCAGAGAUUCUGCCUUCUCAAGAAAGAGUACAUGGAAAGUUUCGAGGCCAUUUUUUCGGAGCAGUACGAAACAAUCCAUCGACUAGAGACCAACAAACUUAGAAAUGUGGCUCGACUGUUCGCUCACCUGCUGUACACCGAUUCUGUGCCAUGGAGUGUAAGGACACACACACAGAUUCACACACUUUUUUGGUUUCCAGGAUUCAAAGCACUUUUUUCAGACCCCCUGAAACUUGAGUUGAACUGAGCUUCCAUAAAUCACACUUGAAGCUGGUUGCUCCCGCUCUCUUCUGGCUUCCUAAUAAUUCAUGAUUCUUUGUCUCUCUCUCUCACUCUCUCUGUGCUGUGUGUUGUGAACGUCCCUCGACCAGGUGUUGGAGUCUAUAAAGAUGAGCGAGGAGACAACAACAUCCUCCAGCAGGAUCUUUGUGAAGAUCCUUUUCCAGGAGCUCUGUGCCUACAUGGGCCUCCCCAGACUUAACCAGAGGCUCAAAGACCAGUAAGAAAACUUGCAGGAACAGUCUUCUGAGCUAUUCUGGCAGAAGUACUUUCAGUUGAUUUAUUUAUGUAUUCAAUUCGUUGAGUAUAGAGUAACAUAAACUUACUUUUUAAACAGAUUAAAUGUAAAAUAUGUCGUCAGUUGCACACAGUAAGUAUGAAAUGAUUGUUAAAAAUGUGUUUGUGUGUUUCAGGACACUGCAGCCAUUCUUUGAAGGUCUGUUUCCUCGUGAUAAUCCGAGAAACACCCGCUUCGCCAUUAACUUCUUCACCUCCAUUGGACUGGGAGGACUGACGUAAGACACAUAGAAAGACAUAUACAACUUGGAAAAUGAAACUAAAGAAAGACGAGACAAGAGAAGAGUAGAGUAACACAUAACUUUCCUGUGAUCAAACUUCUUCAGAAAGGAAGUCGCCUCAUUAAACGAUUGUUCAUCGAGCUCUUAUUUUGAUAUUAUCAUUCUCAUAUUGAGGUCACUUUAAUUUCCUGCUUUGCCAAAAUAUGCUUUUAUUUUGAAAUAUACAACUCCUGGUAGAUGGUAAGUUACAGAGCUGAAAGGAAACAGUUAAGAGAACGAUAUUUAUCCCUUACUGUAGGAGGAAAGACCCACUGAAACUGAUGCCUCAUUUCCAUGAGUGUCCUGCAGUAAUACAAUGAAACACUGUAAAUGUUUAAGUGUUUUAACAUUGAGAAACAGUUACGGGUACUUUCUCUGGAGAGUAUGUUGAAAGCUCUUGUAAAGAACUUCAGGUUUGUGUCAGUUUCAAUGAUCGUUCACACUUUUAUUUCCCUCCUUUUCUUUUAGGGACGAGUUGAGGGAACACUUGAAGAACGCUCCCAAGAUGAUCAUGACCCAGAACCAAGAGGUUGAAUCAUCUGACUCCUCGUCCUCCUCCGAAUCCUCCUCUUCUUCAUCUGACUCCUCUUCCUCCGACUCGUCCAGUGAAUCAGAUUCAGACUCCUCAGACUCGUCCUCCAGCAGCAGCAGCUCAGGUAAAAAUACUACCGCUCAAUUCUGUUAUUAAAGGGUCAGUUUCUGCUUUUGUUUAUUAUGACUGAUGAUUUUUUUCUCCUUGUCCUCCAGACUCAGACUCCAAACACAGGAAGAAGAAGAGAAAGAAAGACCAAAGUGAAGAGAAGAAGAAGAGCAAGAAGAAGAAAGAGAAGGUCAAAAAGGGGAAAGACAAACAGUCCGACAAAAAGCGAUCAGGAAGGAAAAGCGACAAUGACGAGGAUGACAGCGACAACGAGAAGCAGAAGAGGAAGGACAGGAAAGGCGGCGCACGUGAGGUAGAGGAGCGAGAGCGUGCACGUGAUGCGGAGGAGAGAGAGCGUGCACGUGAUGGCGCCCGGCGAAACAGACGGGACGAAAGAAUGGAAGAGGAGGAGCACCGGGAGGAAGACGGGAGGCGAAAAGCCGAAGUUCAAAGCCGACAAAGGGAUGAAGAAAGAAAUAGAGACAGAGACAGAGGGAGGGAAAGAGAGAGAGAGAGAGAAAGCGAGAGAGACAGAGGGAGAGAUAGAGACUACGAGGAGAAAAGGGAGGGUGAGAGGGAGCGUGAGAGGCAGAGGGAUAGAGAGAGGAAUAAGGAGAACAGAGACAGGAACAGAGAGGAGAGGAGGAGGAGAUAAAACUCUUCAUCCCUCCGUCCUAAAGCAGGAGUGAUGGACUGAUGAUUGACAGAUGUAUGAAGCCUUCAUCCUUUCCUGCUGUCAGCCCUCUCUCCUUCACCUCAUCCUGUCUCACUCUGGUGUUUUUGGUUUGGGACCUUUCCUUUCCUCCAUGUUUUGUCAGUCUGUAUUUUCUAAUGAUGAUAUUUGUUGUUAAUGAAAUGUGAAGAAAAAAAACAUUAAAGUUGCUUUAGAUGUUUUUUAACCUGUUUCCAUUUUAUUUGUUUCUGCUUUAAUCAAUCUCACCGUAUUUACAUUUCUAGUGUUUUUACAUUCGAGCUGCAAAAAGCUGUUAAUGUUCCUAAAUGAACAAACUUGAGAGAAUAGUUUGUUCAUCUGGGACUUUGUGAUUUAAGAGGAAUUUCUUCUUCCCACUGAGAGAGUCUGGAGUUUUUUUUUUUGUGCACUGUGUGAAAUGACACUGGUGGGCAGAUGAAAACUGAUUCUGCAGCUUUACUGGGCCAGGUCCAAAAAAUACAGAGAACAUUUGCGACAACUUAAUGUGUUAAAUGGACUAUGCAUAACUGCGGCGUGCCGAUAAGGUCAAAAGAUUGCAAAAUUUUACUCCGUGUGGCAUCAGAUGGCAUGAGCAGGAAUAGCCUCCUCUUUUAGACUUACAAAAAUAACCUGUGCAGACGUAAAGAGUGGUAAUUUUUUAAUGUUGACAGCAUUCAUAAAAGCUUUAAAAACACCUCAACCACUGCAUUUCAAAAUUUCUGAAGACUGAAAACGCCUUUUUUUGUUUGUUUUAACUGAUUUCAGAAAUAGUGGAAACUUUUGAAAUUCACCUCCCUGAUGGUAAGUUUUAUUUUAAUUUUUAUUUUGCAUAUUUCAGGAAAAAGUUGAUGCAUCCAGAUUAUCAUUUUCCGUUAACUGUAACAUUUUUUCAUGCUGAAAUUUAUCCCUAAUGCUAUUUCAAUUACUUUAGACACUAGCUGGACUGCUUAGUAGUUAGCUACAAACAUUGUAUUGUGUGUUGUUGCUGUUAGCAUAAAAACAAAGUGAAAAACUUUGUUUUAACCAUAAAGGUAAAAUGAGUUACCGUCUGAAUUAAGGGGAAAAACAGUUGAAGGUGCAGCGUAGUGUAGGUUGAGUUUUUACCUUUGAUUUCUUCGCUAUGAGAAACAGAUGGUCAGAACAGAACUUGUCCAUCCAGAACUUCUUUGUUAAUUAUUUAUCAAUAAUUUGCAUUCGUAUUUUGUGUAUAUUUGACUAUAAUCUCUGCAUCUUAUCUACAGUGUUAGCCUACUGUUACGAUUCAUUAGGUUUAAAGUUUCAAGUGAAAUAAAAACUGUUACAAUUUUCAAUCCUGACAUUAGCCAUGAGAAACUAACACGACAGUUAUCUCCUUCUAGUAAGUCUUAAUCAAGAGUGAGAAAAUGUUUCUACCAACCCAUGAUGUGACUGUACAACAGUUUUUAUCAGACAGUGAAUUGAAAAUAAAUCAGACAUAUACUGAAUCCACUCUUACAACUGAUAUAUAUUUCUGAUCAAUGUCAAGGCACCCCUUGGUGACUGUUUUACAAUUCAUCUUUCCUCUGGUUUUUUUUUGACUGGUGAAGCUGAAAAGUGUCAGUGAAGUUUUACCCACUGCAGUGUGGAAUCAAAAGUAUUUAAUUUGGAGGCAUGUUUUUCUGUUUCAAGACUUCCUUGCAGGCUGCUCUCAUGUAGCCUCACACAUCGCUCAUCUGAUUUUCCCUCUCUCUUUCUGUCUUCUUUCCAUCAGCUACACCCAAAACCAUCCCUGGUUUGACUGAGGACCAAGAGCUGAUCAUCCAAACACAUUGACAGGUGUGCUCUAAUUGACCUGCUGUGAAUGUGUACUGUACUGCCAUGUGUGUGUAAUUUUUUAAUUGUUUAUCCAGUCCAGUUUCUCGGAAAAACAAUGCCUGCCCUCUCCAGAAGUUUUAUCACACUAGCCCACACUUAAUGUGUUUUUGAAGUUUUUAUAAGAUUAUAUAAUUUUUAAACGGUAAACCCAAUUCUCUCACUAAAACACUGGUUAUUAUUUCACAAAGGAAUCAUUGUUGGACUGUUGUAUGAAGACCAGAUCCUUUAGGUGUUCCAGAACUUGUCCCGGGGCGUAUUUAACACCUAUAUUAUUGAAGGUACCUUCAUCCAUGACAUUUGUAGACUAUUCUUGAAUUUUAAAACCACCUGUUAUUAUCAGAGAAUGAAUACCUGUCUGUGUGCUUUCAUGGUCAGUAGUGUCGGACGGGGACAUUCUUAUCUUCACUCUUCAUUAUAAUAGUCUGGGACACCUAUUGAAUAGUUUUGCAUAGUUUACAUGUCAAAAAACUCCUCAUCUACCUGAAACUAGCAUCCAUGAAAACCCUCACUGCAGCACUGAUCAGCCUCUGCCUGGUGUUGUUUGUGUUCUCUUCACUUCUCCACCGAGUGUUACUUUUUGCAUGUUUUUUUAUUCAUUUAACAACCUCAGAGUUAUGCCUCUACACAUUAACACUUGUCACAUUAGCUGCUUUCAGUAGGGCCCAGUCACCUUGGGUUCGAGGACCCUCUUGGAACCCUUAGGACAUAACUCUUUCCACUGAAUGAAUUGACCUUUGGGGGGGCUUUAACAUGCCUUAACCUCACUAAAAUUUGCACAUGUAUCAGGUGCACCUCUAACAGUUAAAAGAUCUCUGGCAAAACUUGCUCCAAAAUUCCUCCAAAAUCUGCCCCCUGAAGUUUUUUAAAAACCCCAUAGAGGAGGGGUAUUUAAAAGGGGCUGCUAGCAUUUUAGGGUUGUUAGCAGGACCACAAAAAUAGAUGUUCUGCCAUGAAACAGGAAGUAGUUUUUAUCUCAGUCUUGCAUAUUGCAGUCUGACCCAUUCUCUUCAUGGUAUGUUAGGGGUCCAGGUCUGAACACAUGCAUACAGCAAUGUUUGAAUGAGUAUUUGCAUGAAUUAUGCUCUGAUUAUCCAUGAGAUGUUGGUCUUGAUACGCAACCUACAGACACCAGAGAAUUACUCCCUCCACAAAUCUCCCUUUGCAUGCUUUUGGUACAUUCCCAAAUCUUCCCUCUAACACUCCUGAGAGCACAUGAUUUUACACUACAGCUGUCCUUUUUUCGCUAUCACAGAAAGUAGUAUUUUAGAGGGCUUAAAAUACUAUUCGGAGGAGUUUCAUCAACAGGUAAACACACCCAUCUCUCUGCAGUAUUUAGCUGGAGACAUCACUGAUCAAACAACCUGCUUUUACCUAUCUGUAAGAGUUACUCCAGUAUUUUACUGAGUGUCUUACAUGAUGUGAAUUUCAAACAUUUUGAACAACAUCUGCCAGUAAAAAUAGCUCAUUUGAGGUCUGAAAGAAUGCCCGGCUGCACCAUAGGUCCACAGUCAGAGUUGGCUUUCUCUUCAGUUCAACAGCCAGGCAUUUUUAGCUCCCGCUUUUUCUAAUUAAGCUCCCCCACAAUUACCUGCCACAGCUACUGAGCCUUUCUGUUUGAUUAAGAACCAUCUUCUCUUCAGGCGGCUCCGGUCCAGAAAAAGAGACAUCCACCUCCUGAAAAUCCACAGGAAAACAUUCACAGAUGGUAGUGUUCGCCUUGAAGGUGACACAUGGUGCUGAAGAGUUAAAGUGACAUUCCAGCAAAGCGGGAAUUUGGUCAUUUUUAGAUGAAAACACCUCCAGGAGUCUGUACUGUAUCAGAGCUUUAUUUGAUUGAACAGUGGAAAAUACAAGACAAUUUUAAGGUGUCCAUCAAUGAGCCUACAAGUCCAUCCAAUUCUUCAUACGUAUAUCACCUUGCCAUAAGCAGUUUCAUGUAGAAACCAUCUGAAUAUACUGAUAUGACAACAUAAAUACGAAGGUAUGUUUAACAGUUUACUCAGAAUCUAAAUUUGCUGCUCACUCUGGCUGUUCACAAAGCUAAGGAGCUCUGAACCAAACCUCACCUACAUGUCAUCACUGCCUGUUGACACUGUGGCAGAAAACUUGACUUCCUAUUAGUGUUAUACUGUAGAACAUCCUGUCCUGCAAUCCAGGCAACAGCAGGGAUGAUGUUCAGUGAUGUAUUACCUUUAUUACUGAUUUUUUUUUUUCCAGCCUUGGACAGACCCAGGCUAGCUUCUCCCUUUGCUUUCAGUCUUCGUUCGAUGCAAAUUUUCUCCUGGUUGAAGUAUCAAAUUGAUUAAACAAACAUGAGAGUGAUUGACCUUUUUUUAUCUUGCUCAUGUCCUCUUUUGCAGCGUAGAGAAAAACGUGUGAUCUUAGUGUGUUUGACUGACCUGAUAAGCAUCUUUAACUGACAUGCUGUUGAUUGCCACCUCUAUACUAUCAGUGCUUGAAUCAAAUUGUGUGUCCAGAGGGUGUUAUCAUUAUUUUACUGGUUUUAAUGGGAUCUCCCCCAUCUCCCAGCUUUCUCUUCCUCACACACGCACACACACACUAACACAAACAUGCACACUCUGCUGUAUCCUUGUGCAACCUUGAUGUGAUGUUCAAGGUGAGAGGGGGAGAUGCCUGUGGGUGUGUGUGCGUGUGCGUGUGUGUGUAAAGUGGGUCGUUGCAGUGCUGGACUGUGAUUGGCUGGAUGUCCUGGGGAGCAAAGGAAUCAGAUUGGUUUGCUGUAGUAGCAAACUGAGGAACAGAUCCACUGGGACCUGGGAGCUGCAAGGAACUAUGGGAAACCACAGGAAGGGGAGAGGGGGAAAGGGGCAAAAGGGGGAUGGAGGAUAGAAGUGGAGGAGAAAAGAACCCCUUUUUCUGUCUGUUUAGAAGUCCAAACAUUUCUGUAGACGACAGAUAUGUUAGGCUAAGUUUUGCGGAACUCAGUCCCUUUAUGGACAUGGUCCCUAAAGUUCAUCAGCUAGUCCCUUACUUUGUUGAUUAUAAUUUGGUGUUGUAAAGGCGUGGUUGGGUAGGGUUUUUAGAGCAUUUCACUAAAGAAACAAGCAGUUUGAGUGAAUCUGAAUUGACAGCUGUAAAAGCCAAAACAUCACGCUGAAAGACGUUUUAGUGCUGCUGGUGUGUCGGAUUAGGCGACCACAGAGCCAUUAAUUCAUGGUCAUGACUUGACCAGCAGAUAUGACAGACUACAUGGUGGUACCUGACCAGUCAUCACAAUUGACAUAAACAUUUUAUGAGGAAGGGGGGGCUGGUUUAGACGACACCAGGAAAAUUCUAACAGCAGAUACUGAGCAGGUCGCUGAAUUAGGUUUUAGAACAUCCUGUCCUGCAAUCCAGGCAACAGCAGGGAUGUUCAGUGAUGUGUUACAUUUGUUACUGAUCUCUUUUCUUUUUUUCAACCUUGGACAGACCCAGGGUAGCUUUCCCUUUGCUUCAGUCUUCUUUCAAUGCAAAUUUUCUCCUGGUUGAAGUAUCAGAUUGAUCAAACAAACAUGAGUGAUUGACCUUUUUUAUCUUGUUCAUGUCUUGUUUUGCAGGACGCUGAAUUAGGUUUACUUUUCAUGUCAAUAUCAGUCUUAAGUCUGACACAUCAUGAAGACAGGGAGCUUGACAAACCUUUCCUCUGUUUCAUAGAUCCAUCUUUCAGUUUUGGCUUUGCCGUUUUGUUUGUUGAUUUUGCAUCUGCAGAGCACUUUGUUCUAUUGUUGGUUAUUGGCAACACACAGCUCAUGGGAUAAGAUGUUUUACCAGGCUGGGUCCUGAAAUGUUUGAGUCCACGUCUGCUUGAUUGGACUAUAAAUGUGCUUAAAACUUCAAGUCUGAUCUCAGCAUUAUGGGAACUACAGAGUUUGGUGAUUGAUCAUUUCAAGAAACUUGUUUUCUGCAGAAGUUCACAUGAAAAUCUGCUAGUAUUGACACAUGAGAACCAGCAUUACCAACUUUCAGACAUGAAGAGAUUGUACAAGAGGGGAUUUUAUAAAAGAUGAAGUAAUCUACCUUUUUUUCCAGCUGUCUACUCCUAUUACCACUUCCCCAAGAAUCUAAUUGCCAAAAACACAACAAUGCCCUUAUAUAUUACCUUUUUACUCAGAUAUGCAGUUCACCAAAGGGUAAUUCAUUUCUUAAUCAGCUGCAGAAUUCAUCAGGUUCAUCAGGUUUCAGCUACAAAAAUAACACCGGUGGGAAGAUUGAUUUAUAAUUCAUUGUUGAUUUGGGGGGUUUUUCAGAGGAUUUGUGGACUGUAUGAAAAAAUAUUUUAUUCAAAGGAUUAUCCCCGGGGUCCAACAUGCAGACAGAGAAAGCCAAGAAGUCUCCCAUCCUGCUUUGGGUUUGUUGUGAAAGCUUCAGAGGAGGGCAGACAAGCUCAAGUGUCUCUCUCAGAGCAGUGGUGAGGAAUGUCUCAGCUGCUUAACAUCACCUUACCUGUCAGUGUGUGUGUGUGUCUGAACUCAAGUCCUCAGGAAUCUGUGGGUCAAUUCAGUUCAAGGUCCUAUUUUUGUCAACCUUCCAGUUUGGCUUCAGAUUAAUUUGGCCCUUUAAAUCUUUUGUACGUCUUUAAAUGUACAAAACAAGAAAGAAAGAGGAAUGAUGAGUGUUGUUGUUCAGGAGAACUGCUGAAGUUGUCCAAAAGGCGCGUGAGUAACUCUUAAAGCACAUUUAAAAAGGCCUGAACAUCAUUAGGAAUCAUAUCUGUUGUUAAACUUGCCAGUCAGCAGACAUCCGAAUUCAGCAAGGUCGAAAAAAAAGAGUUUGAGGAGUCAGAAUGCAGGAUUUCAAUGGACACUUGUUCGUUUAUCCAAGAGCGGGAUUUUCUUUUGCUGUUUUUAACAUCACAUAUCUGAAUCUUGGCCUAUCCUACCUAUCCAUUUCUUGAUCUGAUCAUCAACAGGUGCUCUGUCAUCUAUCAGAGCUGUAGAAUUAAUAUAUUUAAGAAUUGUCUUUAUUUACUUUCUCUAAAUGAAUUGUCUAAAACUUGUAAAAUACAGACAGGCCAUCACAUACCCGCAGUUUCUGCCAAAAGUUUAAGUUCCUUUUGUCUUCCCGUCUUAAUAUGCCUUGUUUGAUUGUCUGUUUGUCUGUUUUUUGAAGUUUGCGCUCCUUUUUAUGUUUGUGAAGCACUUUAACUGUUUUUAAAGUUCUCCAUAGAGUUUUAUGGACUAACUUACAUCAUUUGUCAAGGGGAAAAUUAAGCUGUCUGACUUGAGCAGAAAAUGUUCUGCUUCACUGGCAAAAGGGUCAAAGUUCGGAUCCCUGAUCAGAUUCUGUUUGAGGUUUUCUUUUUUUUGAUCCAGCUUAAUUCUUUCAACUCAUCACUCAGUCUGAUUAUUGAAGCCUGCUCCUCUAGUGGUUUUAAACUUUACCAAUAUUUUACACAGGAAUUGACUGAUUUCAUUGGGAUCUCUUUGAUCAAAUGCCCCCUAAAUCUCAGCAUUUUUUCUGGAGUUCAACUUGAUGAACUUCAUAACAUAAUUGAUAUGCCCUCAAGUUUGAAGUAAACACAGCUAAGCGCUUGGUACUCCUCCGAUUAGCUAAAUAAAGUGCAGUAGAUAGAUUUUAAAAAUAGUUGGAUAAUACAGCCCAAGUAGUGAAAAUUUGAUGCAUUGCCAUGGGGAUGGGGGGGACUUUUACCUUUUUCCAAAAGAAAAACAAAAACCUGGCUGAAACUCAGUGGAAGAUGCUCUCCUGGCAGAGAAAAUAAGAUUAAAUGCCCCUCUGGUGGAGAAAACAUUAUCUGUGGCCCUCAGGGAUGCUGAGCUAGAGGAGAAAGUACAGGACAAUGCAGGAUCCUUCCAGUAGAGAAAACAGAAAAAGUGCCCUACAUUACCCUCAAUGUAGACAUUAGAGAGAAUGUAAUACAGGCCCUCAAUUGUUCCCACCCAAUGGAGAAAACAUGAUGAAGCACCAUCUACCCUUUUAAGGGAUAUUCCAGUGUAAAAUUAAUUUAGGGUCAAACACACCAUAACACCGAGUUAGACACGCCCUCGAGAGAUGAAUGUUGCCAAGUACCUGGUUCUCUAGUCAUACCAACUUUAGUAAUGACCGUAGGAUACAGUACACAGCGGUCUGAGGAGCCAUAAACAAACCUCAACCAAAACGCUUUGGCCACGAAUAAUACAGCACCUAACUUCAUCAACAGUACAUAUGGGGUCCCAGCCUCAACACAACUCACCUGCUCUCUUCCAGCAGCCGCUUGUUUGUAGCGAGACCUCGGGCCAGUUCAAAGUUGAAAAGAUGUUUGGUUUUAAUUUUACGCCAUUCUUCCUUUAAGUGGAAAAGGCUGAUUUGCCGCUGAAUAAUCAAAAGGUGACAAACGCCUGUUUAGCGGUGAAAACUGUGCAGUUGCCCAUUAUGUUAGAGAUGUGUUGACCUCUGCUUGCCUGAAUGGUUAUGUAGACCCUCAUGCGCCCUUACAGUAGUCUUUCCUUUACUACUUAGUUUUUCUAUCAGAUAGGUGUGAAUGUUUGGCUGUUGUUGGCAUGUUGACUGUUUUCCUUCAGCUUGACUCCAUCCACCCAAAAAAAAAAAACCCACCAUACUGUUAACCAACACUAAAAAUAUCUAUAGAAGAAUGGGUGUUUAUAAGCUUUUUUGCCCCACUUGUUAAGAGGUAAGUCUUGCUGAGUCAUAAAAAUAAAAUGAACAUCUCAUCAAGGGGUGGUACAGUCUGGUCAUAAAUUUAUCACAACUAUCUGUAUGCGGAAGCUCAUUAAUUUCCACCUAUUUUCAAUGACCACCUGGGUCCAUCUGCGUAAAAAGAAGCUGAUAUAAAUAAGAGGAAUUAGGAAUUUCAUUUAAGUCUUUAAACAGAAAAUACUUGCUUAUUUUUAUAUGGCUGACAGUUAACUAGGUUUUCAGUAGCUCUAUUUAUCAUGUGUGGCUGGGAACUGUCAAAUGGUCCUUAAAUUUGACACCUCCUGAACAGGUGAGUUGACAGUGAAAACAGAGAGAGGAAAAAAAACAGUGUCGGGAACAGUGUGUGUGUGUGUGUGUCAUGCAGCCAGUAUUUACAGUAUUUUUAAAACAAGAUUUUAUCCUCUUUUUGCCACCAACAAAACCUGGAUGACUGUCAACCAGAACCUGCUGUUCACACGCACUCAGACACACACACUCAAACAAACACGCACACGCAGGUAACAAGCUGGGUUUAGAGAGCCUCUUUUUUCUGACAUAAAUCAAUCCAAUAUUUUAUUUUUAUUGGAAGCAAUUUAAUCCCAUCUCUCUCUCUCUCUCCCUAUCUCACUCACUCUCUCUCUCCCUCUUUUCUCUCUCUCUCUCUCUUUCGUGUGUGACGCAUGCGCAGUCCCGGCGCUCCGCUCGGUGCAGCGCAGAGCGCGCGGCUCCCUGUGCUCCUUCAGAGUUGAUCCGUGUCCGGAUACCUGAUGGAUGCGAUGACCGAUGAGUGAUCCGGUGAAGAGCGUGCGCGCACCUGCAGCCAGGAGAUACAGACCCGGUCUUAGCAUCGAUUAUUGAUCAAUGAUCGGCAGCUGCCGGGAGUGUGUGAGAGCGGAGUUGAGCGCUUUAAACCUACAGGACUCUACUUUCUUCAUCCAUCCAUCACCUCCUCCUCCUCCUCCGGUAAGUCACCUUCCUCCUCUUUUUUUUUCUCUUUCUCCUCAUCACCUGUAUCUUUCCCGUCUUUCACUCCUCUCUUCUUCUUAGUUGUAUAUUUAAUUUCUCUUAAUCCAAGGCUCGAACAGCAGAAGCUUUAAUCUGUGAAUGUUCCGGAGGCUCAUCGUCCGUCUGUUGAUCGUCCGGAUCACUUUGAAGCUGAAAAAUUAACUCUGACACCUCACCAAAUGUCCGUCUCUCGUGUUUUUUUCCCUCCAGACGAUUUGUAACACUUGUUUGUCUGCACUUUGAGUCUCUGUGUUGGUUCUUGACCGCAACAGUUUCACUUCAUGGCUAAAUUUAGUUGACUUCAGUGCCUCAGACAGCGGUAGAAAACUACGAUUUAAACCUGGUUUAUUAUAGGCUGCGAUGUUUCUUCCUAAACGUGGUCAUUUCUAAAGUGUCACUGAAAUAGUGAGGCAGAGACUUCAAAUUAAAGGCUGUGGAGGAAGUAUUCAGAGUUCAGUCUGCAGAGGACACCAGGAAAACUAGUACAAAUCCAAUAGCCAUUAUGAUUUUUGAGGACUUUGAAAACAAACGUAAUCAGUAAAAUAUACUUCAAGUAUCAAAAGUGGUUAAAAUAUAUUCUUCUUAUGAAUAAACCUCAAAUAGUGUGUAUCUUACAAGCAGAUUUUCAUAGUCUCUCAAAGUGAAAUGCAACUGAAAGUAGACCUUUAAUGUUCACAACAGUGUUAUCUUAAUUUUAAGCUGGUUAUAAUGAAUUAAUAUAAAAUCAAUGAAGGGUAGUCAUAGGCUGAAAGUACACAAGUGUGAAGCACCCGGUAAAUUCAAGAUAAAAACGCUGAGCACAAGUACCUUAAAAUUGCGCCUGCCUAUUGUGGACUUCAGCAUUUUAUUUUUUAUAAGAGGCCACAUGCGAAAUUCACUUCAAGUAGGGGAAACUGGGUAUGGUUGUAACAAGGGAAGAACUGUAACGUGACCAUUUUGUCCAAUCAGGCAUAACAUUAGAAGUCACAUUAUCAUUAUCACUUCCUUCUUGAUCGCAUGAUGAUCUGCAGGGCGGUUUGCGAUUUCUUAUUUUUGAAUGAUGGUAGGGGAAAGUCCUGCCUCCUUCACCUCUGAUUGGCUAGAAAAGCUGGGAACGUCAUCACACGCUCAAGCCAAACGCGGGCUGUCGGCUCUCUCCAUCAAACAGAACAUUACAGAACAUUAUCACACUUCUGAAUCUUCUAACUCUAACCCUAACCUGACAGACGAUGACAUUUUAUAGCCAUUAGGAAUAACCAAUUGGAGCCCAGCACUUCUAGCCAAUCAGAGGCAAAGGAGGGCGGGACCUUCCCCUACCAUCCUACAAAAAAUAAUUUCGCGGGCAGUUUCUUGUACUAGUACCCCACCCCCUGGUUGUGUCUCACCAGUCUGGGCCAUGACAGCUAAAUCCAACAUCAAUAUACAGGCCUCUGUUACUUAACUGUGCAUCACUACUGGAGUAUAAGUAUGUAAUAUUUGUUAAGAAUAUAACUAAUUUAGCUAACUUGUUCUUGUAGAUAUUUUCAUUUUAAAUUCUAAAUUCUCACUUUUAAUGAAGCACGGUUUGCAAAGGGAAGCUGAGGCUCAGGUGUGGAGUCUGUUGUCUGUCCUCUGACAGGGGCCCCCCUAUCCUAAGUCCUGCUGUCCACAUGUUGUAAUGUCCUUAACCCCAAACUGCCCCCAGUGGCUGGGCCAGCAGGAUUAGCGAAUACUGAUAGGAACCAUUUUUAAGGUAGAAUUAGGGAUUCGAGACAUUUAAUGGUUGCAAACAUUCAGUCUUUUGUCCACAAUAGAAAAAAAAGUCCACUCUCCAAUUGUUUCCUUUGUGUGCAUUAUUUCAGCUCAAAAUAAUAACUAUCAAACCUUAAAAGAAUUCAGUAUGAAAGUCAUAACACAUUUAUUUUAGAGGAUGGAGCAGGCACACGGUAUAAUCUUGUGUAUGUAGUGAACAUGGUACAUUAUUGUCAGAUAAUCUCUUACAAAGCCCUCACACACGCUUGCACAUACUCUCAAAUACACACACACACACACACACACACACACACACACACACACACACACACACACACACACACACACACACACACUCAGUGGAUUCACCCUGAGUCGUCCCUUGUUGUAAUCUCUGUCUUUCUGUCACGGAGAUGUUGUUAAUUUUCACUCAGGUGAUGGUAUGACUGACCCUGCUUGUGUGUCUUUGUGUGUGAGUGUGUUAGUGUGUUAGUGUGUAGUUCAGUCUGAAAUUGACCCCCCUAAUCAGCUGGACUUUAGUGCCCCCUGUAGCUUAAUAGAAAGACACCUGGGUGCUGAAUACACCUUUUCUUUCCUCUCUACCUGGUCCUUCCCUCUUCCUUUCCUGCCUCCUUCUUUACUUCCCUUAUUCUCCUUUCCUCAGACGCUGUCUUCUUUUCUCCCUCGCCUUCAUUUUUCUCACUUUUCCAUUGUGGCCUGAAAACUGAUUUCAGAGCUUCAGCUCUCCUGAAUGAAAUGACUGAGGGACUUUCAAACCUGCUGUGAUUUUAGUCUCUCCUCCUUUCUCUCCAUUCUCCAUCCUUCCUUCCUUCCUUACUUACUUCUGUCCUUCCUUCAUACUUUGUGAUUUCUGUCUCUCCUUCCUCUUUCCUUCCCUCCUUAUGUUUUUCAUCUUUUCUCCCUCCCUAACAUUCUUAAGGGUUAACAUCUUUCUCUCCUUUCCUUCUUUCCUUCCUUCCUUCCUUUCUUUCUUCCUUAUUUCUGCCUUUUCCUCCUUCUUUCCUUGUGGAUUUUGUCUCUUCUUCCUUCCUUCCAUCUUUCCUUCCUGCCUUUUUUCUUACCUUCUCUCUUUCAUCUGUCCUUCCAUCCUUCCUUUUUUCUUUCUUCCUGCCUUUCUUUCUCCAUUUCUUCCUUUGAUAUUCCUUCCCAUUCCCUUCCUUUUUUUCCUUUGAUCUUCCUUCCUUCCUUCUUUCCUUCCUUCCUUUCUCCCUUCCUUACUUCUAUCUUCCUUUAAGUCUUUCUUUAAUUCUUUCUUCCUUCCUUCCUUCCUUUUUUCUUUCUCCCUUCCUUCCUUCUAUCUUCCUUCCCAUUCCCUUCCUUUUUUCCUUUGAUCUUCCUUCCUUUUUUGUCUUCUUUCCUGCCUUUCUUUUUCCCUCCCUUCCUUCUAUCCUUCUUCCCAUUCCUUCUAUCCUUCUUCUUUCCUUCCUUCCUUCCUUCUUCUAUCUUCCUUCCUUCCAUUUUCCUUUUUUCCUUUCUUACUUCCUCCCUUUCUAUCUUAUUCUCUCUUUUUUCUCCUCUUUUUUCCAAGUACAUAGGAGGUUGUUCUUUAGCUCUUUGUUUGGCUGUUUGGACCUCACACUCAUGUGUCUAAGUCACGCUGAGUCUAAUUACCUUUAAUCCACUUAAUUAAAGCAGAACUCUGCAGUUAAAGACAGUAGAGAAGGGUAACUGAACUUAGUGUCCAAAUGUCCAAACUGAGGACAGAAACAGAGACAGCUCAGCCUCAAACAUGCUGUCAUAACUGCCUUCCAGUCUGGGAUUGAUGUUUGACAGCCUAAACAUUUAUCUGAAAUCACUUUAAUGCAGCCUCUCACUUGGACACACACAGAAACUGUGUAGGCAGAGUCUGUAUCUGUGUGUCGUAUCGCUGUAGAAUGUAAAUGUGCACAUGAGUUUCAGCAUUGCUUCCAUUACAUAUCCUCGGUAAAUGUCUGAUCAGGUGGAUUUUGAUUUUGAAGUGGUGGACUGCAAACAGGAUCAGAGAGUGUUUAAUUUUAACAUCUACACCUGCCACUCACAUACAUCAUCCUGGUAUUGAAUUAUAGGUUGGAGACGAUGGGAAAAUUGACUCAAAGUUUCAAAUAAUUAAAAGAAAAAUGUUCCCAAAUUUAACGCCUACUCCCUGGCACUGGUUUGAAGCAUUAAAAAUUAAAAUGUAAAAAUCAUUAAUCAUGUUAGUAACGGUCUUGUUUGCUUUUGUAUGUGAUAAAAAAAGCAUCAUAAUGAAUUUUAGACUGAUUUGUGAACAUAAAAAACUCCUUACAGGAGAUUUAAGACAGGAUUUAAGUAGAGCUGAAGCAACAGGCCACAGGCUGUUGAACUACACAAGUUUCAAUGCAGUCAUGCACAUUGAGUCUUUGCAGACUAGUUUUUUAUGUCAUGUAAAUUUCUGUGAGACUGUUUCACCUGUUUAUUUAUUUUUUACCGCUAUCAGCCAACCGAUAACCUGAUUAAACCUUUUGUUUGACUGUCUUUAAUACCUUUUAAAUCUGCUAACCCUUUAUCACACUAAUCUACCUUGGGACCGUUGUAACCUGUCAAUCGAUUGUACUCACUGCUUGUUAGGCUGGCUGUGCUAACUUGACUGCAAGUGUGUAUGUGUGUUUGUGCAGUUUUGAGUCCACACCAUGAAACAGCAAGUUCACAAUGUUAUAUUGUACAGUAAAGGAAGAUUUUAUUGUACUGUAACACAAUCUCUUGUUCUCCUACACGCAAAUCAAUUUUACCUAUUUAUAGAGCAUGACAACAUUACUAAACACCAAGUGUGUGUUUGAGUCAGGGAGAGUGUGUGUGUGUGUGUGUGUGUGUGUGUGUGUGUGUGUGUGUGUGUGUGUGUGCCAGGACUCCAGCAGUGGGCAGAUUGAGGAGCAGCAUGUUGUUACGUCAGGACAGAUUAGUUUGGAAACCUGCGGAGAGAACACUCGGACAAACAUGGACGAGGCCCAAACUGUUGUUUCUGUACUAAAUCUAGCUCUUUGUGCAUCAUGUGGGCAUGAGUGUGUGUGUAUGUGUGUGUAUGUGUGUGUGUGGACUGACAGCAGGCAGGUGUAAUGAGCUCAUCGUAACAUCUUUAUUACUCUCCUGUCAAGAGCUGAAGCAUAAAUGUCACAUUAGCAUUUAACUAAUAACAUCAGUUAUUUAUUACAUUUUAAUUACUUCAUCAGAGUUUUUACAACUUUUGACUUACGGCUCCAUAUAUCAAAAGAUUUUAAGUAAUUGAUGAAAGUUUUUCAAAGCACUAUUGUCCUUUUCUUUUAGGCAGUUAGAUAAGAUUGAUUCUUCUUCAGUGUCUGUAUGUUGAAUACAAAGCGAGAGCCAGAUGCCAAUGAGCUCAGACAAGUUCUGGUGUUAAAAAGUGAGGCCAAUGCAAAAGCAUCAAAACUGUAGUUCCUACAUUGUCCAAAAGCCUUGGAGACUCAAUUUACUCCUGUUUAAAAAUGCCAUUUUUCUAUACAUGUACAGUGGAGGGGGUUGAUUUUUGUAAAAAAAAAUCACACAGUUCGAUGCUAUUGGGUUUACAACUUUCCAUAAUUUAGGGUGACCAUACGUCCUCUUUGACUCAGACACGUCCUCUUUUUUGGAAAGUUGUCCAGGCUGUCCGGCUUUGUCCGGGGAAGUUUAUAAAAUUCUUCAAACGUCUGCAGUUUUGUACCUAAGUUUCGAGUUUGUGUCACGUGGACUUACUGAGUUAGAAGCACGUAAAAGACACUCGAUCUGACCCAAAAAACUCUCAAAAUUAACUUUGUGCGAUUCCGCCUCUGCAUUGUUGUGUCCUCUUUUUUGGUCGCCCUGCCAUAAUUAGCUUUAAAAGAGGGCGUGGCUGACUUGACUGACAAGUGAGCACAUUGUAGCUGUUUGGCCUCAUAUGGUUGAAUAAGCUGAGCCGCUGUGGAAACAGCCCUGUUUUUACAGUUUCGACAAUGUUUUGCACUUACGCAUUAACUUAAUUUUUCAGUACUGGUGCUUUCAACUUGCACAACAUGUGGAGUCAGUAGACACAGGUGACAACAAUGAAGGCAUGAUGCCCAAAAGCAAGAUGGGAGCAAACCAAAGGUCAUUGAUGAAAAAAUGGAAAGAAAAAAAAAGGGAUAUCUGGGCAAUAAAAUAAAACCUAACACGACUAGCUUAUUGAAACUGAUUAAUACUGAAAUUUUAAUGUGAAGUUGCAUUUUUAUCACAGAUUUGUGCUUGAUAAAGUACUUGUAGGGCAGUUUUUCUUGUCUUUGUGCUUAGCUAACAUAUCAGUGUCUAUGGCUUUCAGUAUAAGACCUGAAAGAGUAUUAAGUCUUUUUAUUCCAGUCUCUGCAAAAAUCAAGUUUGCAGUUCCAUAAACCAACAAAAACUUUUUUUAUUUUCAUAACUCAUAAAUCAUUUCUCCGGCAGAAUCUUGGCUCUCGCUGUUAACUACUCAAAUUAUUUUUGUCCUCUCUCAGUAGUUUUGCUGUUGUGCGACUGUCUUCACCUUUGGCAAUGUUUCACUGUAGCAGCAAUACUGAGAGUAAACUGCAGAACAUGUACAGUACUUUGUGUGACUCUGCUUAGCUAGCGAGGUCCUGCUUCCUAUAGAGUGCUAACACCUAGCAACAUCAUUACUCCCAUUCUGUCCGCUGUGAUUUAUGGAGCUACCUGUGCGUGUGUGUGUGUAAGUGUGUAAGCUAGUGCGCACCUGCUUCCUGUGUUGUCUCAAGACGUCUUAAUUAAGUUAGUUUCAUGUGAUGAAGAGGAAGUGAUGACAAUAAUCGAACAUGAUUGGGUGAUUAUUAUGAAAACACAAUAGGAGCUGGGGCUCAGAGAGAGGUGAGGAGUGUGUGUGGAGUGUAAAAAGAAAAAAAAAGUUGAGUAAGUGUGUGCGAAAGAGAGAGAGUGUGUGUGUGUGUGUGUGUGUGUGUGCGUGUAAAUAGGACGGCAGUGAUGAAGUGUUUCCUUGCAACUUGUGUCUCUGAGGUAUUACGCACACAUACACACUGUGGUUGUGAAGGUCACACUGAUACACAUAUACACACAUAUACACUCUGCCGUCAGCAUGGAGACUGCGGGACGUUUGUUGUUUCAACCUUUAUGAAAAACACACACUUACACAACACCUAGAGAAAUCCUGCUCCUGUUUUCAUGUUAGAAAAAUCAAAAAAGUCCAACAAGAAAGAAAACAGCUGAAUCUGUUCUCCUUCAUCCCAAUUUGGAAAGAUAGUCUGAGCUGGUCAAAGUAAGAUCUUUGACUGCUGCGCUGGGAUUUGGAGGUCUUCCACCAUUAUCCAACGGGACACUUGAAUACAAAGGCAUAGCCGACUGCCAAGUUAGUCCAGCCUUCCAAAAAAAAGGCUUGAUGACACAUAACAUAGACAAACGUGGGCGAAGAUUUGCAACUUGAAAACUGGUUAGUUGUUAAUACAACACCAAAUCUUGAUGCAUGGAAAGAAGUAAAAUAAGUAAAAUAAAAGUAUAAAAGCAACUGGCAAAAACUUAAAGCUCCUGUGAGAACGUUUCAGCUCAUGUUGAUUUUGGCGCCCCCUACGGAUAAAGCAAUUUUUUGCUUAUCUUUUCUGCUACAGGCCUUAGUCAUGUCCUCUGAUGGAGAAUCUAAUUCUGGUGACUUUUCACAGUCAAAUGCAUCAUGUAUAUAUUUUUUUGUGGAAAAUGUAAAAACAGGGCUGUUUUUUCAUAUAAGCUGAUAUCUAGCCCCCUUACAAGUUCCAGCUAUGAAAAUUAUAGUGUUAAUCCCCUAAUUCUCCUCCAUACUGGCUUUUUAAAUUUUUUAAAACUUUUGUUUAUAAUAAAAUGGUACUGGUAUCAAUUUCAGUGUAUUUAAUAAAUGUAAAAAAACUCCUCACAUGAGCUUUAAGUAGCUCAAGUGCAUUUUAAACACAUCAGUGUGAUUUCAAAAAACUUGUUGGCUAUCUGCAGGUUAGAAAGUUGUUCUACUCCUUUGGACUUAAACUACAUAUUGCUGUUUUCUUGUCUUUUAGUACGGCAUUGUAGUUGUCCAUAAGGUUUUUAUUUCAAUCCAUCAAUUUCAUAGCAAAAAGUGUCAAAACUAUUUGCUGCAGUUUUAGUUUUGUAUGAUUUAAGGGGGUGGUCAGCAUCCUUUAUCCUGGCGGUAGUUUUAAUACUACCAGCAGAGACUCAUGAAAUUGUCUGUACCUUACAUAGAGUGAGGCCAGCUUUUCCCCCUUUGUUUCCACUUAGUGUAAAGUUUGUUGGGUGUAGCUUUGUAUUUACAUGAAAAUAAAAAUCUCUUGCAUAUGUGUUGAAAGAAGUAUGCAGCUGCUUUUGUGCACCAAUUACUCUGGUUACAUAGCAAUGCAGACCUUUAAAGGCCCCACAUUUUCACUUUUUUGAAACCAUAUAUGUGAAGACAACAGUAGUGAAAAAUAAAGUAAAUAAACUUUGUGGAGUGCUGGUUUGAUCGAAAAGACUCUCCCAUUCAAAGAAAUUAGUAACCAACAGAGGGGGGUGGCGCAAUUCUCAGUAAACUGGUACCAGGAUGGCAAAAACAGACAUUACAAGAGUGAGAUUGCACUUCUACAUGUAAACUGCACAUUGCUGAAUGUGAUGGAAGUCUUCACAUUGGACAGUGUAUACCUACUGUAUUUUAAAUAUUAGUGCCACUUACUGUAUAUCCCAGCUUUUGUGGUAGUUUUGAUUUUAAAUAGACUAAAUAGUUUCCUUUAACAGCUUGUCAUGUUUUUUUUAACCCACUUCAUCAAAACACAGCAAAUCAUGCCUUUACCUCAGACUAUUUCUAGCAGUGGAUUUAUACAUGGUGGUGCCGCGAUGGGUAUUUAUGGCAGCAGGGUUGGAUAUAAGGGAUUGAGUCAAAAUAAACUUCAGUGUGUGUUUACUGCAAUGAUGGAAAAUGUCACCUAAUACAAUGGAUGGUGGCUCUGCGGCUCAGAGGAGGCAGGAAGAUCCAAACAGCUCAGCUUUUUGGUGUGAAAAAUGUCGGUUUGAUGUGGAGGGGGUGUCACAAACAGGAGGAAUAAAGGUUGGUUUCCGGGUUUAUUUGACUUACUCUAGUGUAGACAUAACUCUGAGACAGCUUCUGUGUCAGCAGGAAAAAUACAGGAAAGUUAAUCUUGCCAUAGAAGUUGUAGCGACCUUCAUGUGAAGGUGAUGGAUGGCCUUUAUAUAGAAACUGAGACAAAACUCUACCCUCUACAUCCUUCUCUCUCUUCCUCUCAUCUGUGAUGUCAUUCUUCCAGCUCUGAACUUCAGCUUGUCGUCUAGAAACCCUUGAAACUAAUCAGUGUGCCCUUACUUUAAUCCACCUUCUCACCAAGGUGUUCGUUUCUGUUUGUUUGGCUCAUGUUUCUUCUUCCAUUAGUUGAGUGGAGAAAACGUUAAAUGUUUGAUGAGUCAGCAUGCCGAGAAGGAAGUGACAUCACUGCCUUGUUAUCUCUCGUCUUUCCAGUUGGGUUGGUAUUGUCAGGCGGUGGCGUUAAGUCUUCUUGGUGAAUACUUUUGAGCUGUGUAAUUUGUGGUCCUGCUGCUGGAUGUACUUGUUUGGAGGAACGUAUCAGUGAUAUGGUCCAAACAUGCACGGCCGCUAUUGGAGGUGGAUGAGAUGUAAUUUUUGUUACCUGUGAAUGACUCACUAAACACACUGCUGAGGGUUUUUAGCCAUGGUUUGUCUGCCUUGGAGCCAUGGUUCCCUCCACAGCCUCAAAACAUUGGACAGAGGCACAGAGCUUUGGUCCUGUUUGGAAGCAGCGCUGAGUCAACCAUGGCCAGUUUUUAAUGGUCUCUUCCCAAAAGUGUGUCCUUAGUGACUGAUGGCUCAUGUUUGUGUGUGCUGGAGUCCAGCAAGCAAAGCUCCCUGUCUCUCUGUGUUGGCUCCCAGUACUUCUGAAGCUUCUAUAAAUCUAUGUGACAUAUAGUCAGCCUUAAAGUGACCAUUAAUACCUAUACCAGAAGAGAUUGCAAAUCAUCCAGUCGUUGUUUGUAAUUUGCUUUAGAAGUAAAGAUGAACUGAUUGCCGAUAAAUGUGGACAAAGAGUUUGAAUUGUUUUUGUUUUUUGUGAGUGAUAUUGGUCUGAGAGUAAGUCGUAACUCAGGCUGGCCUAGACUGACAGAGAAUAAAGAUUUGGCAGUAUAUUAUUAUCGUAUCGUAUCAUUUCGUAUUGUAUCGUUUUGUAUCACAUCGUUUUGUAUCGUAUUGUUUCGUAUCGCGUCGUAUCAUAUCGUAUCGUUUCGUAUUGUAUCCUAUCAUAUCGUUUCGUAUCGUUUCUUGUUGUAUGGUAUUGUAUUGUUUCAUAUUUUAUCCUAUCGUAUUGUUUCAUAUUGUAUCGUAUCGUCUUGUAUUGUUUCGUAUUGUAUCAUAUUGUAUCUUAUCGUUUCAUUUUGGCCAUAUUGGUAUUUGGCUGUUCUUACAUCUGUUUACCAUAUGAAGUAGGGGCCUGACACCUACAGCCAGUCAUUGCUUAGAGCUCUCCAUCUGUUGGCUUUGGUUAUCUAUGGUGUCUGUUUAUAUUCUGUCUAUAGCCUAUAAUAUUUUAGGUUUGCCACCCCUGACCAUCCUUCUGCACACACCUCUUGGUCUGCCAUAGCCGUGUUUUAUACUUAUUUCAUGUGGACACUGGAGUUCAAACCAGCUCUUCUCAGGUUAAUGAUCAAACAGUUCAUAUGGACUGUGACACUUGUUUAUCAAACUGUGUUUUGUCACCAUUACACUGAAUAAUGAUACUGCACAGUGGAUUUUUCCCCCAUCAAAUAUAGCUUCAGCUCAUUAUUAAUGUCAUUAACUGUCAGUGAAUAGUGAUAAUCACGCCCUGGUACUUCAGGCUCUGCAGGUUCAGUCUGGUACUAAACCGUUAAUCAGGUAAAUCACAGUUCUUGCUGCGUCUGAACUUUAAUGUGCCUCUUUAAACCUGAUGUGUGUAACUUUGGGAAUGUGAUGAGCUAGUUCACUGAAUGGGCACCAUGAGAGAAGCUCAAGUCUGAACUUUCAUGCUGAAAAGUUUCUUCUGUACACACACACACACACACACCGUCACACACGUACAUGGUAAUAGCGAGGUCAGAGCCGUUUACUCGUCCUGUCAGCAGGGAGGGGAAGUCAGACGACUCUCAGUAGAUGUUCAGAAGAGUGCAAGUCGUAAUCUCCAUUAUUAGACCACAGAUUAUACUAACUGAGCUACAACUCACACAUACAUGUACACACGCUGAAACACACACACAAACACUUAUCUGUGGAUUAUAAUCCCAAACCCUGCAAUCCCCUUCUGGCUCAACCAAUCAUUUCCCGCCAAAUCCUGCAUGGCCUGCCCAGUAACCUACAUGCAGUGGUGUAUAUAUAUGUGUGUGUUUGUGUGGUAAUCCCCAACAGUCUGUAAUAGAGGAACAUCUGGUUUAAUCUCUGUGAUUUCAAAGCUUCCUGCACAGGCAGGAAAUAGAAUUAUUUAAAAGUGUUUACUUCGAUACUUUAUAUUUUUUAAGAAAAUACUAACCUUUGCACGUCCUCUCCAGCACUUUUGCAACUAAAUGGGAUGAUUUUUUUUUCUGUAAAAGUAUUUAAAAGUUUUAAUCUUGAACAUUACACUUUUAAAGUGAGGCCUUUUUUGCCUGCUACUAUAAACAUUAGGGCUGAAGUAAUCGAUUAUAAAUUUAGAAAUCAAACAUUCUGUUGAUUAUUCUGACAACGAAUUAAGUAACCUGACAAGAAACAUUGCAUACCUAACUGUUUUAUUAAUUAAAUGUGUGUUUGCCUUUUCCUCUGUAACAAUAAACAUUACCCCGUGGUGAGAAUAUUAAAGGAUUAUUAUCUUGUCUACCUACCAAUCUUAAAUGAUUUAGUUUUUUUAUAUUUUACUAUACGAAAGUUAAAUAUGGAAAUAUGUUAUUUCUACAAAAAUUUAAUAAUUAUCAAGUAAUAAGUAGGACUUAGUGGUGACAACUUUUCAAGUUUGCUUAACAAAAGCAACAAAAUAAAACACUUACCCGUUUAUUGUAAAAGAAUGAGAGGAAAUGUUGCUAAACUCUAACUUCUGUACCUCAAAGAGGGUAAAAAGUUGACUCCUGCAACAGAGUUUACAGCUUAUGAACUUCAUUUUAUCUGAGGAAAUGUUUCUGCCUUAAAGAAACAUCAUAUCAAACAACAUAUAUAAAACCUUUUUAUUCAUGUUUUGGGCAUUUUCACCUUCAUUAAAUAAGAGAGCCGUAAAAAGACAUUAUACUGUAUCUGGGAAUGAUGUAGUAAAGGGUCAGGGCUGGGAGUAAAGUCAAUGAACACUGCAACAAGGGCUAAACCUUUUGUAUAUCUGGCACUAACUAUAACCAUUAGCCGUGCUAGCGUUAAGACUGUUAACAGGGUGUAACAGCCUGUAACAGUUGGCUUAUCCAAAUUUAACAAUUUUCACCUACCUUCACCUCUAAAGCAGGAUUAUUUCUUGGCAAAACACUGUUUUUUUUUUUUUUUUUUUUUGUUUUUUUUUAAGUUUCUCCUGGUUGCUGGGGAAACUGAGCUAUGUUGACAAAAACUAGUCAAUCAUAAACCCCUUAAACCUUCUUUUGGCUAUUUAUUUUUCUUGAUCCAUGACAUAAAAAGGAUUUGUGUAUCUAUAACGAGAAUGACUUGGAUUCUUGUAAUACUGUCAACCAUUACCAUUAAUAUUCAGAAUAAAUGGACAGUACAGUCCUUGCUCUCACUUUUUUAUUUUCUCUGUACACUUUUGUGAAAAUUUUACUACAUAAUAGGGGUGUUGAUAAGUUAACCUUUUUGAGUUGAUUCAGAUAUACAUCGCCAUAAUAUCUUUUGGUCUUGCCCUGCAAAGCAUUUCUGAAAAUACAGAUUAUCAACAUGCCAAGUUGGGUCAGCAGCAGAUCUAGGAUGGAGCGGCUGCAUUUUUAUUUUGCCAACACAAUAUCAUAAUCUGGACUUUGCAAAAAGCACAUACAGACAAUGUAAUAGCGUCUGCGAAAGUUAGCGUUAGUGAAGUGAAGUCAUAACUCUUUUUUGUCAUUGAGUUGUCUUACUGUGAAUUGGUUCAUUAGCUCGGCCCCUGGUGUGUUCAGAGGUGUUGGCAGUAGCAGUUAGCGCCACCAUUUCAGCCCUGGAUUUUAGUGUGAAAGCUGGGUCUCACCUUGAAUAGUAAGUGUCAGGUCCUGAUGGAGCAGCUAUUUAAAGACAGAAUAGAAGGCACAGUGUCCUGAAGUGAAGGUUAGACAGAGUGAAUAACCUCCUGUACCUCCUGCUCUGAGUCUCUCUGUGUGUGUAUGACUCUGUGUGUGUUUGUCUGAGUGUGUGCAAGUUUAAUCCCUGCUGCAGUAUGUAAACCAAACAACAUGAUGUCAGCCGUAUACAUGAGAGGAUUAGAGUUGCACCAAUACACUCUGCAUCACUUUCUGAGAGUGAUACAAAUUAAAUCCCUGAUUCUGUCAUAUAGUUGCUGCUGAAAGCAACAGAGUGGAACAAGACAUCAUUUAUCAUUCAUUGAACACCGUCAGACACAUUAACUGAGGUCAGAAAAUGAAACCACAGUUUAAUGUGACUUACCUCUUUAUGAGAAGAUUGCACAUUUUAUUGCUGUUGCAAUAUUAACAAGCCCUUAGAAACAGGCUGGAAUGGCUGUUUAACAGAGCAGUCAUUUUCACUUUGCCUUUUUAAUUUGUUUGAAUAUUGCAGAAAGUAGGUCAUAAAAAUGCAAGUUUUGUUAAAGAUAUUUCGAUGAUUGUUUCUGUCAGUCUUGAUCUCUGGAUUUGUUCCAUUUCUGCAGAAGUGGAAGAAAUUUACAUUUAACAACAAUCAAAAAAGUAAAGAAUGUUUCACUCUAAGCUCACAACAUUCACGCAUUAAAUUUUUCAUGAAAUACCAGCGUUAAGUGGACAAUAAAAAAACACGUAUAUUACAGUCAGUAAAAUCAUAAAUCCACAGUGAAGAUUAACUUUUUAGUACAGUUUAAAAAAAUGAAGAGGUUGUAAAUAUAAGGUUAUUAUAUAUUGUAAUUAAGGUUGUAAAUAUAUUUUAGCUUUGCAGGUGGAAAAAAGAAUAUUGCACUGCAAAAACUGCAGAUUUAGAGCAAAAUUUGAAUACUGCGUAGAGAUAGAAGAUUUGUCAAAGUGCAGAACAGCUCAGUAAAAACUAUUAUUAUUAUUUUUGUAAUAUUUAUUUUCAGGGUUUUUGCCUUUUUUUUUAGAGAGGUUAGGACAGCGGAGAGAGUAGGAAAUAAGGAGUGACAUACAGAAAAGAAGCCAUAGGCAGAAAUCAAACCUGGGCUGACCGCUCAAAGCAUAAUCUCCGCACAAAGGGCACAUGUGUAGACUGCUAGGCAAGUGGCGCCCCGAAAAAACUGAAUAUUUCUUGGUGAAAAUGUAAAAUGCACUGUUGAAAUAGAAAAUCUUACAGUUACAGUUGAAUUAAUGUGGAUAUUGCACAUUAGAUACUGUAUACCUAUUGUGCAAAUUCGAUAAAUGUUGGGAAUGACACAACAAUUAAACAGUACAUUAAACAAUAGUAUUAAAUGUAGAAAUUGGAUAUUACUAGUAAAAUAUUCUAUUCUGUCUACAACAAAAAAAAACAGAUAUUCAGAUAUUUAGAUAUUGCAGAAUCAUUUAAAAAUGAAUUUAGAGCACUAAAGACGAAUCAGUACAGUAAUAAAACAAAUACUGGGACUGAAUAUGAAUCAAAGGAUGUUGUUAAAUAAUUUAUAACCAUAGUAGAGCAGAAAUAUGGUUGAUUUCAUCUAGAGGGAUAUCUUUAAAGCUGUUCAUGCUGACCUGACAGCAGGACCAGCAUGAGACUGCGGGUCACCUUUCAGCCGACUGUGUGCAUGUUUGUGUGUGUCAUAGUUUCCCUGUGGACCUGACCACAGUGACAUCAACAUUUGUGGUGUUACUGCACAGCGCUUCCAUGACAACCAGGAAACAGACAGACAGAGAGCUGGACUGUCCGCAAACCUGUCUUUCCACCUGUCUGACUCGGUGCUUUCCAUUGAACUAAUGUGGCUUCUUGAUUCACUCUUUUCUGCCUUCUUACACGUCUGUGCUGUUGAAUUAGGAUGCAAAAUGGAACUGCAAGGAUGCUGGAAAUAUAGUUUCUUAAUGGGUCGGCCUCUCUCCCCCAUUAUCAUUAUUAAAAACUGCAAAUACAUGUGAUGGACUCAGUCUUAACUGGCUUGUAAUUUAUGGUAGUAAGUGCCGUUUUAAAGAUUGGUGUAUGCCCGAUUACUUCUGCGCAGAUCCUUAUCUAAAAGGCUUUACUGUAUUAAGUAUCAUGAAAUAUAGAAGAUUUAAAUAACUAUUAAAGCACAGCUAGUCUGUGGCUGCACGGAUAUGUUUUCCUGAGGCUGUGGUAAAGGGGUUGUAGUAGUAGUGCGUAAAAAACACUGUAAUAUUUGAUUUAAACAUAUUCACUCCGGACAGGUUUAAGGUUUAAAGCACUUGCUUGAUAGAGAACCUUCGUUUAUUUCUGGGUCAGCGUCUUGAGGAGGGAGGAAGCACAAUUAGCUGAAAGGAAAUCACCUUAAGUGUCCUGAAAGUCUCUUCAGGUUACGGCCUCCUGCAGAUCUCUUAAGUUCACUGCAAUCUGAAUAAAUAGAAGCUCAUCAGAUGUGUCAUUAUUAGUGUCACUGUAAAGCUUCUUGACCUCAAUCUGGCUCUGUUCAGCUGAGGCACGGUUAACCUCCCUCACGAUAUGAGUGAUACUCAGCUUUCAUUUCAACACAUUUUUCCAAGUGUGGCGAGACCAGUGAUUUCUGUUUAUUAAAACAGAAAGUGGUGCCUUCAGUGGCUCAGGAGCAAACUGAGAAACACAUUAACCAGACUGGCAAAACACAUCCAGCUCAACAAACUGUGGGAAGAAUUUAGAGAUUUGAAAAGCAAUAAAAAAAGUUCACCGAACCACAAAGUUAGCUGUCUGACUCCAGGACUACUUUUGAUGAAUGACCUCGAUAUCUAAUGUGGUCCACUGAUAGUAAGUGUUGGCUUCCAUUUUUUUUAAUUAAAGAGUCAAAAUUCACUUUUAUUGUUGCCCAACAUGUUGAAAACCAUUAAAGCUGGAACUUACCCUGGUUUUUAAGGAAAGUGCAUCAGUUAAAGCUGCAUAGGACAAUUAAGGGCAACAAUUUUCAGCUGAUGUUGCAUCUGACUUUGUCUUUUGAUGCAGAAAAACUGCUUUUUAUUGAACUGGAAACAUUUGUAACAUUCAGACGGCACUCCUUAAAUUCUCUGAAAUUGUAUGCAUGGUGUAGCCAAAUCUGAUCAACCCAAAAGUGAAAAUAAAUAUUGCACAUAAUCAUGAGUCAGUUAGAAAGUUGCACAUGACAAUAAAUAUGGAGCUUGAUAAUUAAAGUGGUAAUAAAAGAAGUCAUGUAGCCUGAUGUUAAAAGUGAUAUCGAAAAUUGUGACCAUGAUUUGUCAUAUUACAGCUUGCUAUUAAAAAGUAUUAUUGCGCAUGGUAUCAGGGAAGAAUGAUGCACUUUGAAAUGAACCAUACCGUAAUAUUGCACAUGUGAUAGAUAUAUUUAAUACACAACAGUAAAAAUGAUAAUAUACAUAUUUUUUUACAGCAAUUUCACCCAGUAUUUGAGGAGAAAUUGCACAUAAUGUGAAACCGAGUUUACAGUUCAGUAUUAUGAACUUGAACCGUAAGUGAAAAUGCAAAUGCACAUGAAAAAUGAUAUUAUCCAUGACAAUUAUUUUACUAAAACCCUAUUUUUUUAAAAUAGUAUUGCAUUGUUGGUGAACACAGUAUUGCCUAAAACUGAAAAUCAUGUUAACGUGUUUUUUGCCUGAUAUGAAAAGUGACACUGCGCAUGGUAAUAAAAGUUGAUAAGUAGUUAAAACUAGAAAGACGGUGCAACAUAUAUAUAUUCAUGUGAAAUUGUCUCUUUGAAACAAGUUUUACAUGUGUUCAGAAGAGGCUCUCAGUUUUUGUUUUAGCCAUUUAAAUUACUUGUUCUUGUUUUUGAUUAUAUCAUAUUUUUGUGUUUGGUUUUCUGUGCUUUUAAGCAUAUUGGGCUAUUUUGAAGAUGCCAACCAACAUCAGGCUAAAGGGAAGAUAUUUUACUAGAAUGACAAAUAAUAAAGAGGCUUGAAUAUGUGUUGUCUGCAGUAGUUUUCUGUGAGAUAUACUUCCUUUAAAUUUAGGUUAGAGUCAUCAUUUUAUAACCUUAGAGCAGUUUUGUCUCGUAAGUGGAAUGAGCAGAGCGAGCCAGGAAAAUUAAACUUAAAGUUUUUGCCCUAAAUUCAGCCUGUCAGCUAGUUUUUCCUUCCAACCAGCUUCAUAAAUCCAGCAUAAAGUUUGUGGUUCCAGGUCAAAGCUGCUCUAGUUUUUGGUUUUCGAGGUUAGAAAUGAAAUAUUCUGCUGAGAUAUGAACUUGUGGAGCUUGUUGGAGGUCGAUGACAGCCUGGGAGGAAGCUCUGCCAUGGCGGAUGUGGAGGAUUGAUAUUAUUUGACCUCCAUUUCAAUGAUCGGUACUGAAUUCCUCUUAACAAUAAAAAAUAUAAAUAAUUAAUCGAAGUAGAUUGUGAUGAAGAUAAGCGUGCAGCAAAGAUAGAAAUAUUUAAAGGGACAGGUUUGUGUCGUUUUCACCAGUUUCUUCUGAUUGUAUCUCAAAUUCCUGCAGGGACAAACACACAAACAUCACACUGGAUGUAGUGGUUCGUUUUAGGAUCUCCACCGCUGCUGGCCACUGUGCUGUUUAUUCUGCGUGUGUGUGUGUCUUUGACCACUGUCAUUACCAACUACUGGCCUCAGGGUGAGAGACAGCCACUCUAAGACCUCCCUCUCUGUCUUUUCACAUCUCCAUUAGUUUCUUUGUCCUGUUCUUCCCUCAGGUUACUGUUUGUAUGUGUUUGUGUGAGUGUGUGCGUGUGUGCUGUACAGUUUCUCUGAGGGUACAGGGACAUACAUUAGUGCCCCCCUUAAUAUUUCUUCUUUUUUAUCUCCUACACCAGCAGAAAUAUGAUUUUUGCACCCCUCAGAUAGCUUCAUGUUUGUGCAUAAAAACAGUGUUCAAGCAGGAAAAGAAUCCGAUGGUGUAAACCUUGUAUCUCUGGUGUUUUCUGAAAAUCUCAGCCAUAGGGUUACAACUCCUUGUGGGCUGAAUCUCCAGACGAACAAUGUCUCAUAAAAGCUAUUGUACCCCUUUGGAAAAUAGCUGACACACAUUUUGGACAUAAAAGGUUUUCACCAAGCAUCAGUCUUAAUGGUCGUACAUCAUGGUGAGUGCUGCUGCUGAACUGUGCAGCUAAAUUUUGUGCGUUUUAAGGGUUUAGGUGUUGUUUUACAGCAAGUUCUGGGAAAACUAAUGACCCACUUUUCAUGAAACUUUGUGGAGAGGUUGAGCAUAAGCCAGAGAAGAACCUGUUAAAUUUGGAACCAGAUCCAGAAUCAAUUAAAUCACAAACACGGCCUUGGCAGAGGUCUGCUUUCUUUGAUUGCUCCUCUAAAAGAGAUAUGCCCUGCUGAUGAGAUUAAUCUUAGCAGAGCGAAAAGUGAAAAAAAUAAAUUAACAUUAUGUUUACUAAUAAGGCACAGCUUGUAUUUGCAUCCAGUGAAAUUGGAUGUAGAAAACAGCGUUCCUGAAACUAGUGUAGCACUGUAUACUGAAACCUUUUUAAAGUUUUAAGUUAAAAUACUGGGUGAGUCAAAUGGAUCGAUGUGGGUCUAAUUUAAGAGACUGGGGAAGCAGCAUCUUUCAGAUUGAGUGGAUGAGUUAUUAAUAUUAGAAAGUCUUAGGAGACAUGCAUCUGUCAGUCAUUCAAAUUUAAAACAGUGUGAGAUUCUGCAUACUCUGAAACCGAGAAAAGCUACGCUUCUGUUUCAAAAAGGAGUUUUCUUCUUGAGGAAAUCCUCCACAUCAUAUAUACACUCACGAGCCACUUUAUCAGAUGCCCCUGUUUAAUUGCCUGUUAACACAAAUAUCUAAUCAGCCAAUCACACGACAGCAACUCGGUUUAUUUGGGUUUGCCAAGAAGACUCGCUGAUGUUCAAACCGAGCACCAGAACAGAGAAGGAAAGGAGGUUUUAGUGAUCUUGUACGUGGCGUGGUUGUUGUUGCCAGACGGGCUGGUCUGAGUAGUUCAGAGAUUGCUGACCUUUUGGGAUGUUUACGCACGUCCCUUUGGGGUGUGGUGGAACAAGACUUUUACAUCAUGGAUGUGCAAGUGACAAAUCUGCAGCACACGUGUGAUAAUAUCAUGUUAACAUAGACAAGAAUCUCUGAGGAAGGUUUCCUACACCUUGUUGACAGUAUGGAACAAAGAAAAAAGACAAUUCUGAAGUUAGAAGGGAGUCCAACCUGAUAUUAGCAAGAUGUACCAAAUAAAGUGGCCAGUGAGUGUAUAUCUAUGAUCAUAUGUAUAUCCAGCCAUCCAGCCAGCCUGUCAAUCGAUGCCAUUGACUGUAUUGAUGCCUGUGAUUAUGCUCUGUUGUGCAUCGCUCUUAGUCUUCACUUUAACACCAUCACAGUUAAACACCAAAGGCCACAAACAAAAACUGUCCUUUUGGUGUGAAGUCUAGCAGUGUGAUUUUUUGAGACAACCUUGAGUGGACACUUGAUAAACUGCACUCCUCUGCCACACUUGGAGCUGUUUUCUGGGCCUUUCUGUGUGGCCAGUUGGGACUUCCAUGGUCAUGGUCAUUGUGUACAGUACAGGAUAACCAUGAAUACACAACCUGAGUCCCAAAGUUUGAAUACCGUUUAUUUAAAAAGAUGAAAAGAUGUUGUAAUUGGCAGCUUUUGCAGGGUGCACCUUUGCAGAAAAAUGUUGAGUUUCUAUUCUUUUCUAGUUUUUAGUGAGAACCAACUUCAUUUCCCUCUUUUAUAUUCAGUAGCUAGUCCAACAUCCCAUUCAAUAAAACCCACAUUGAAGGAUGAGAUGAAUUUGUUUUAAUCAGGACAAAAGAAAUACAAUAAAAGAAUACCACAGUAGAAGGUAGACUUUAACUAAGUUUCCCUCUUCUCAAGGCAGAGACAUGCUUGAUUCAAUUAUUUGAAGAGAUCCCUCUGUCUUUGGGAUCGGUGCCAGUUUCUCAAAACAUUUUGAGACUGCUGACUAGCCAAAUUUCCAGGUAUUGAAAAUAUUGGACAGUUUCCAUUUCAGCACCAGCAAAUGUGUGGGUGCCAGGAAGAUAUCAGUUUCAUUUUUUUUGCCAGCACUCAGUAUAAGCUUAAGUGCAGGGAUGUCUGAAGGAUGUUAGAUGUGGACAACAAUUUUAUGCUGCCUUCUUUAAAGAGGAGCCACAUGCAUACAAACACUGUCAUCUGCAAUCAGAUAGAUCAUACGUUUAUUUGAGUGAUGAUGUUGUUCAUUGAAUUAAAAAGGACCCAGAACAGAGCCUUGUGGUACCCCAUUAAUUAUUCCAAGUGGGGUGGUUUUAAUCCAGUAGGACAGAUGGGCUAAAUUUAAUCAGAUAACCAAACCCAGGCAGCACAGUAUAAGCAAAUCUACAUUUUUAUACUCUAUUGAGUAUAAGCAUUUUCCUCUUCGGGUUGCUUUGAAUCUCUGACCUGCUUUUUCAAAGAAUAAAGAAAAGAUUUCUGCUUUUCCUCUUCAGUCAGGACUCACAUUGUUGCUCGACUGCUGUGUGCGUGGUGUGUGUAUGUGUGUGAGAUUAUAACCCACAGCUAGCCUCUCUGAUUACUGACUGCCUGGUCAGCCUGGAUUAGACUCACACACACAUAUACACACACACAUUGCAACAGAAAAGGUAAAUACACAUGUUUCAUUUCAUUUUACUUUGAUGCUCAGUUCACUGACUUGCUGUUUCUUAGUCCCGUUAUUGCUACAUGGAUUUUGUGUGUGUGUGUGUGUGUGUGUGUGUGUGUGUGUGUGUGUGUGUUCACCUGAGAGUGUGUGUGUAAUGUGUAAUUCCCAGCUCAAUAGAGCAGAUAUAUUUAAUCCUUCCUUUGCUAAAGCUGAUGUCAGCAUCAGCUGGCUCUGUCCAUGUGUGUGUGUGUGUGUGUGUGUGUGUGUGUGUGUGUGUGUGUGUGUGUGUGUGUGUGUGUGUGCAUUUUGGAGCUAAUUCAUCACUAUGGCAGAUUAACCAGCUGUCUGCAGAACAGAAAGUUGGUUUCCAACAACCAGCUGGAAGAGAGAGAGCAAGAACGAGAGAGAGCAUCAAAGUGUGAGGGCGGCAGAGUUUCUUUGAUUACUUAACCAUGCUGUGAAUUUAUCCUAUGACCACAAAAAUGUGUCAUUAUCCUCUCUGACAAAUAACAGUUCAUCUUUCUUUUGGUGCUUCGAGUGGUUCUUAAAUAAUGCUGUUUUACCUGCCAAAGUGAGAUCAAAAGUACAAAGAAGAAUCUGAUUUCACAUCCAACCAGCUGUGUCCACUAUCACUCCUGUUCCUCUAUUUCCUGAUCAUCUCAAAGUCACUUAAAUUGAACAGCAGAUUAAAAAAAAAAUCUUUUUUUUUUCUAGCCGCAAUUAUCUUAAGCUCUUUCACACACAGUUAAGUAUGGGAUAAUACCCAAUGAGGCGCCCGUCACCAGGAAUAAAUUCACUAUGUGGGGUCUAUAUCAGACAGUUUUAGCUGUGCAGUCCAUUAAUUCCUGAUUAUGUUGCUUAAUAUCCCAUAAUCACAUGCUAAAGGAAAAGAUGAUUUUUGGGUUUCUUUGUGUUUGGGAAUCAAACUCUGAAGCGUUUCACAAGCCAUGACCUUUUAGUUUUUAGUAUAACACCUCAAGGUUAAAACAUACCUGAAAAAAUCACGUCAUAACAUAGAUAAAUGUCAACAGAGCCUUCAAACUAUUUAGCAAUUGGUUGUGCCUGUGAUUAAAACUUGAUGUAUUGUCAGGAAUUAAUGGACAACCUUCAGCCAAUCAGAUUCAGGGAGUCAUCCAGACUAAUAUAGUGGUGCAUACAACAAAUUUUUAUAGCCUGGCGACUCAAAAUUUCAUGCCGCAGCACACCUUGGGGUCUAACCUUUAUUUGUUUAAGACUUCACAUGGUUGAACAGGUGUGUAUCUUUCAAUUUUAAGAUUUCCAAAGCAGUCAUUACUUUUUUUAUAGUGGAAAUUUAAGGAAACUAUCUGGAAACUGUCAGGGUCUUAACAUUGUCUAUAGGUGAAAUGAUGGGAUAUUUGUUUCUUGGGCCGGGGCCGCCUCCUCAGAACACUUUGUCACUGCAAUAAGAAGCGAAACAAAGCACCAUGGUGGCUGCACGAGCCUCAGUGGGACCCACAGGCUGACCCAUGGCUGUGGAAUAACAAUAGUGACUUCCUGUUUGGCUAAAUGUCAAGUCAGUUCAAGUCAGCUUUAUUUAUAUAGCUCAAAAUCGCAAAUUUGCCUCCGAGGGCUUAAAUGUAGCCAAUCCACAUGGCUGGUCCAGCUGGUGUGUUGAUGUUGAUGCUAGCAAUGUAGAGACCUUGAUUUCAUCUCUGGUGUAAGCUUUAUUGGCUUCAGCAGCUGCUAUAGACCAUUCUAUAAGGUACAAAUUAUCAUUAAGGAACAAUUUCUCCAGCGCAGUUAUCCAGCCGUGUGCCGUUACUGCCUUAAUGAGUUGAUCCAAAUCUGGUCUGCGUCCCUAAAGUGUAUUUAAAUGGCAUAUAUAGAGUCGUAAUGUAUGUAGGUCAUAGCUAUGAAGCUAACUGAAUAUGAAAAAAGUGUGUGUAUGUCCGUGUGUCUUGUCAGAGGUCAUGUGACUUGGCUGAGCUGACAGGAAAACAGAUGGACACAGUCAUGGACUGACCUACACUCAUCCAAACACACACUGUACACUGGACACAUACACACACAUAUGUCAUCCCUCCUUUCUCUUCUCUUACUCAUUACUUCAUCACUCUCCCUGUAAGCGUUUGAUGUUUCACACUCUGCAUCCGGUGUCAUCCGGGCCUCACUUCUGUCCAUCUGUCUGUCCUCUUGCUAUCUGUCUACCUGUGUGUCUGUUUUUCAUGUCAGUACCUGUGCUGGUCGAUGUUCACUGUCAGCCCGUGUGCACUCUUGUGACGUUAGGUCAGCUCGGUUACAUUGCUGUGUUUGUGUUUUGAGAGUUCGAUUCCUCGUUAUGGCCUUGUUGAAGUCAAAGGGCUCCAUCGUAUGCCUUGCGUGAAACAUUUAGGCAUCAUUGUUAUUCUCCACCAAAUGUAUUCAUUAUUUUUACAUUUGGCAUCCACACUGUUUAGACAGCAGGUGAAUUUGUGCCAAUUCAAGUAUUGGUUUUGAAAUAAGGUGGAGAUAGGUUAAAAGAUGGUGUGUUGCUAUCAUGAGGAUUCCUGUACCUUAGACCAACAAGAACCUCAUCCAAAGUCUAAAGUUCGUAGUGCAGCGUUUUCCUGCGUUUUAGAGGGCGCACUAACGAGUUGGAAGAUGUCCGUAAGAGUUCACAACACGCAUUAUAAAUUUUUUCUACACACAAAGGAGGUCAUAUAAAGAGGGAAAAAAUCUUUUUUUUUUUUGAUAGUGAUUUUUUUUUUAAUCUUAUUGUAGUAUACUAUAAUACAGUAUGACUGAUCUCAAAAUGCUAGAAAACAAGGACGCUUUCAUUUCUGUCUCCCUACAGACCAGCUCAACCUCAGUCCUGCACAGGCCUAUUACUCCAAACCAAGAGCGUCACUAAGCUCUCCAUCAUGCACACUCUGAAAUGUCGAAAAAAAACACACAUAGGCACAUUUAAACACACAAUUAAAGGGUAUUUUUCACAAUCCUUUUUACAAUCCUUAAAACUGCUUACUUAAAAGGCCACUAUCAGCGUGCACAGCCAUACCUCUUACACACUCUCUUAUAGCGAAUGAAAGCAGAUAUACUGAUUGGUUAAAUCCAUGUUACACCCACAACAUGUGUGAAUAAUUGAGAACUUAAUCCGACCUCUCUGCACCCUCCACCUCUUUUAGGGCCUGAAUUUUCUAAAUUGUACAAAAUUAUAUUUUUACUUUAGGUUUGACCUUUUUCACACAGUGCUCCUCUCCUUCCUCUGUGAGGCUGUUUGGACAGAGAGACCUAAUCACUGCAUGUUCACCGUUUUCACACUUUUGCCAGGACUUUAUGGACAUUUAUUAGACCAGAUACAGUGCUGACCAGCUGUCUGGUGUACCACGUGCUCCUAUGCCACAGAGGAAAUAGCUGGCACAGUCUCAUAUGCAAUAGAUGACAAUCCAUCUAAGAGCUACAGUGUUUUUAGUUCAUGCAUCAGUAAUAGCCCAGCAGGGUGGCAGGUAAUGUUAGUAUGAUUUAAGGAGUGUGGAUGGGGAUGUCCUGUUUUAUUUGCUGAGGUUUUAUUACAAAACAGAUUUCUUUGGUUUCUUGAUUUUCAUCUUUUAUUAAUGUAAGCUGGAUGAGCUUAAUUUCAUUAUGCAUGAGCUGUCAGUCUACUUUCUGUCCAAACUCUGUGGCAUAAACUUGCUAAACAUGCAAAACCCUCAUUUAAAUUUUACUGCCUCCAGUUUUUGCACCUGACGUCUUAACGCUGUUCUUAACUGAUCACCAACAAUACGCACACAGAGAAAACGGGCAAUUUGAUGAGAUGAACAUGCAAUGUACUGUAGUUCUUGCUAUGUGGGGUCGACAUAAAUCAGGCUCUUAGUGUCCAGAUUUUACACCUCCUAACAACCAAAAUGUGGUUCUUUCACUCUUGUUCUCCUUCAGGGAUGAAGACCCCGCUCAGCCCCUCUCAGCUCCUGGAGAAUGGGCACAUCUUUGCUUUUGGAGGAAUGUGUCAAGAGCUGAUGGACGCACCCAUACCCACAACCAUUAGUCUGUCUGUCCAGCAGACUCCAUCUACAGGUGAUUAACUUUCUCCAGCAUCACUGCUACCUAUUUCCACCAAACUUUCCAACAAGUUAUUUUGGUUUUAUCUAACACAGGCCUGUAUUUUCCUUCUACAUUUACACAAAUACUUUGUUGUCUCUCCUACUGAUUAUCCAACUCAUACAUGUUUUUAUUAGGUUGAUCCAUUCUUGUAUUUUUGCCCUGUUGGCUUGUUCUUUGUUGUUUUGUCUUGUCUAUCCUAUGUUAUCUUCGUGAACAGUUAGAUCAGUUUUUAUAGUUUUCUCCAGCAGUCUUCUAUUAUAACCUCAAUGAUACUUGUAGUUUUCUCCAAAUCCUUACGAUCAACUGUAGCUUUUUUUCCUCUACACUCUGUGUUACUGUUUUAACUCCACAGUCAGAGCCAGCCUUAGAGCUUACCCCAGUGGUGUAAAUAGGGUUUUCUCCUAUAACCCAUGAAAAACACCUCUUGUUUUCUCUGUCAGUGUUUCUUAGUUGUACUGUAGUUUCUCUUCCACUUUUAUGUGUUUUUAGUCUAUUCAUUCUGACUAAUAUUGCCUUUCCUCCCUCAACUCACCCUUUGCUGUAGUUUCUCCAAUAGUCCAAUCCUACAUCAUGUUUUCUCCUAUAGUCUGACCAGUCCUUGUCUUCUUUCCCACAUACUUAUUCAUCUCAGUAACUGUCUCCUGUUUUCUGACUCAUGUUGUUGUUUAACCAGCACUCCUGACUCAUCCUUGUUUUCUCUUUUUUUUUUCCCUCUCAGGUCAGAGUGGGACUUACUCUCUGUGCGAGGUGUGUAACCUGCAGCUAACCUCUGCGGCUCAGGCCCAGCUGCACUACAAUGGCAGGUCUCACCUCCGGAGGGUGAGACAGCUUCAGGCUGGAGAGACAGGACAACAGGCAUCAGGUACAUUACAGCUGAUAAUGUUGUGAGAUUAUUCAUCCACUAUUUUGCCUGUUAUUGGAGCUUUAUCUGGAUUUUUAUUUGACUGUUUCUCAAAACUCCAAGCUGCAGUAAUAGUUGUUAGUUGUUGUGAUUGUAGAUUGAGAGAAUUAGCAGUUACAACUACAGUUUCUACCAGUCAUGAUAACAGCAGCAGCAGAAGAAGCAAAAGCAGCAGAAACAGAGGUAAAGACAGGAUGUUCCUGCAUUUUAAGUGUGUGAAGCCUUUCAAAACUUGAUAAGAGAAUUUGUCUCAACAGCAAAAAUUAAAGUUAAAGGAAAUGACAAGAUAAAAAUGUUAUUAAAAAAGGAAUAUUGUGGUAGGAAUGGACCUAAAUUGGCAAAAAACAAAAAAACAAAAACGAUUAUACAACAAUGUUACUAUGAGAUUAACUACAACUAAUCAUAAUCAAUCAUAACAGCAUUGAUUUUUAUUGAAGUGGGAUGUAACGUGGUGUAUUUUGAAGAGCAUUAAACAAGGCACAUGUUGUCAAAGUGGUUGAGGUACGUCAUCUCGUUUGUUAAUUUUUUUUUUAUAUCUUUCAUUUUAGCAGGAGCUCAGUCCAGGUCUCUUCCCCAGGCCACAGGGCUCAGCUCCCAACCAGGAGGACUAACCCCAACCCCAGGCCCCAGUCCAGGCCUCAGUGUACCCACCAGUACAACAGCAGGUAGGACAAAUUGAGCACAGUGCUAGUUCAGGCAGGCCAAAAAGUCAAGUUCAGCACAUAGUACAUUAUCUGAUCCUUAGCCAGCCCAUGUCAGCUGACAGCUCAGCUAAUAUCCAUCAACACGUCUCUCAGAAGAGAAAGUGGUUUGAAUUGAAGUACUCAUCCAGGUUCCUCUGCUGAUACAGUGCAUUUGCACUGACCAAGUCCAUAAACAUUUCUUGUACCCUUUCCUAUGUAAUCCCCCUCUCGAACACGAUGAAACUACAGCUGGCACUCAUUUUGCUUCUGCAUAAAAUAAAAAAACUAGUUUGUAGUCUCUGUGUGCCGUAUCCAGUCAAGUUUUUAACUGGUGUGCAAGUUCUCAAAGUUACCAGAUGGGCAUUAGGAGCCAAACAGGACAUCAAUUUUCUAAGUCUGACAGAAUGUCUGCUAAGUGAGAGUGACUUUGACUCUUCCAUCAUCAACAGCUGCUGCCCCCCUGGGAGAGGUCAGAGUUAUUUUGUGUGGGUGGAUGUGAGCGUCAGAUUGACCUCUAAAAAGGAUAAUCUGACCCUGCAUUAAGUAAGAUCAUCACUGCAGCUUUAUUCUUAAUGGCAUGCCACAUUUAGCCUCUUUACAUGUAUUGUUAGCUCCUCCCAAACACCUGUUAGACAUGUUCAUGAGACAUGAAAUCUGAUGAAUACAGCUGACCUUGAAACAUGAAGCAAACAUCUGUCUCUUUUAGGAAUAUUAAUCAUCAUUAUUCAUGGGACUUUUAUUAAAAUUGGCUCAAACUUUUAGGUGUCCAUCAGGAUUAAAUGUAACAACUUUCUCAUCCCCUAACUUUUGAUGUGGGACCACCGGUGGAUCUUAACUUUACACAAUUUCUAAUAGUUUGGUCAGUGACCCAUCGUCUGCAAAACCAGUGGCCUUCACUGGUUUUCUGCAUUUCAUAUUCAAUGUUUAUACCCAGAUGUUAGCAUGCAAACAUUUGUCCCCAUCAUGCAGCAUUUUAGCUUUGUUGUUGCAAAGAACCUCAACCAUGGCUGCAAGGUUAAGCUUGUCCAUUGUACCACUUUUCUAUCCUAGAAUAUUAAGAUUGAUCUGAAACAGUAAACACGAGUUUCAAGUACAUCAUUUCAUCUUGCUGUUUGUAUGUUAAGAUCUAAACUGAUUCAGCUGGUUGACAGUUUGUCCCCAAAUACAUCACUGCUGCCACAGCAGCUUAAGAUCAGCAUAUAAAUGCAGGCUGAUGAUUUUGAUAUAUGAUAAUGUCUGUUUGACUGACAUUUUACUCCCAAUGUUGAAAAACACAAAAACCUUACUGUUGAAGUCACAAAAAAACAACACAAAUGCUGACACUCAAGGUCACCUCUCCUGGCUGAGAUGUAAAUUGGUUUACAUCUCCUUUCAAAAAAGCAACAUUAUGAUCAUUAUUAGUCCAAAUUUAACAACCAAGAUGUAACCUAUUAACUUGUGAACAUCAGAGUAGGUUGAUUGGAGAUUUUGUGCAUCAACUUUGGUGCCAUCCGUUGGUUUCUGAUGAGGGGCUUUAGGGGUGCUCAAACAACGGGGGUUGCCACAUUAAAAAUGCUGACUCAAACAAGCUUUGAGUCAACCGGUACACUUGCAGAAACUGGAACAAAGGCCAGCCCCAAGUGGACACUUAAGGAACUGCAGUUUAUUGCACUUAAGCACUGGCCAAAUUCUUCAGUGCCAAAGGUUGCCGUCUGAUUUUCCCUUAAUUGUAGUUUUUAUGCAAAGCUGAGCCUACUGGUGAUCAGGGGAUUAUUUACGAUGAUGAAUAUGAUGUGUGAGAAUAACGUAUGCUUUUAUAGUCUAAAACCAACUACUUUGCAAAACAUAUAAUGAUAUAAUGUAGUCUUAUUGUUGUAGAUGUAAUAUCUAACUAUUGGUUUUAAACUGGAAUAGUGUGGUAGUGUGAAUUUUGAAGACUUCUUAGUACCUCUGAAAGAGCAUCCUGUGCAGGUCAGAUCAUAGUAAAAGCUUUUUGCGUCGCUUGACCUUCUUUAGUAAUGAUGUUAGACCUGUCUGUGUCAUUUUCAGAGUGUCCCCAAUGACUCAGACCCAGUUUUUAAAGUCAAACUGCUGGUCAACAGUGUUAGUAUGAAGAUGUAAAGGAGUUAAAGUGGAGCAGACAGCAGCAGGUCAUUAAACUGGGACAUGGCACUGCUCCAGAGCCACUCUGACAUUCCUCAAAGACAUGGUUAAUUCCCCUGCAUCCAUUCUGAUUAUUUCUUCUGUAACUUAAAUUGGUCCUAGCAACCCAAGAUACCUGCUUUCACAUAGAUUACAUCUAUAUUUAAAACAACAUAAAAUUAAGUGCUGCAGUUAGUUAGGAAAUUUCCUCCACCACACAUCCAGCCACUUUGGUGGCCACUGUAGCUGAACUGUAUAAAAUCACAAGAAUCACUUUCAUAAUAAUAUUGAUAACAAUGGAGGAAAGUUUCCAAAAUCAAUCAAAAGAAGAGGGAAAGACAUGAAUAUAAAACCUCUCAGUCUCACACAUCUUGUAAUAGUGUGUGGGAUUAUGAUGUAAGUGGAGACAGGAAACCAAAAGACACACACACACACACACACACACACACAUUAAGGUGUCCGUGUAGAGGAGCUGUAAUUACAUACUGUGUGUCCGUAUCAGUGUACAGGAUACGAUAACACUGAUUAAAGAUUAAAUCUAUCCCUCUUAACAGACUCACACGCACGCCCACUCACACUGAAAUUCUCACACACACACACACACACACACACACACACACACACACACACACACACACACACACACACACACACACACACACCACUCAGCCUGAAUGGUCAUGUGCGGUCUCUCUCUCUCUCUCUCUCUCUCUCUCUCCGUCCAUUACGUGAUGCUUGCUCGGCCAUGAAAAGCUCUUUGGCCUGAACUCAGCUCCUCGAGGCCAGGCUCGGUGAGAGAGUGUGUGUGUGCGUGCAUGUGUGUGUGUGUGUGUGUGUGAGAGAGAGAGAGAGAGAGAGAGAGAGAGAGAGAGAGAGAGAGAGAGAGAGAGAGAGAGAGAGAGAGAGCGAGAGAGAGACAGUGACCUGGCUGUCCAAGCAGCCUAUCAGCAGUCAGGUCAGAUGACAUCACAGCCAAUAUAAACAGUGGUGCUACAGGCUGACAGCCAUCAUGAUCUUUGAGCUCUUCAAUCAGAGGUAUCACGCAAAACUGCUUCAAUCAAUAAUUUGAAGAUAUUGAUUUGUAAUUUUUACUUAUUUUGAGUAUUUUUUGUCCAACAUUUGUAUAAACUGUAAAAUAUUUAAUAUACCGUAAUGCUCCACGGAAAUUGAUAUCACAGAGAGACGUGAUGCAUGAGUUCAAGUUUGAAAUAUUACUCUUGUGGAAUAAUGUUAUCAAGAUAUGCUCCUAAUAAACUAAAACAGUGUAACAAUGGUGGAUGAAACAAUGGUGGUUGAUAUGUGACAUUAGACACGGGCCAAAAACAAAAAUGCCACGAUGGUAGUAUUAUCUUCAUGCUUGAAGACGUCAGCGAGUCUACUACAUUAGUAGUUAUUCAGAAGUAUCUGGAAAGUGGGUUUUCUAAGUUAAAGUUUCAAGUGUUUACAUUUAACUUACUUUAAUGAACUACACUCAGUGAUCAUACUCCUGUAAGUAUUAAUCAUGAUAAGCAUUAAGAACAAAAGAAGAGCAAAGCCUGCAAAUAAAAUUAGUAAAACACUGUAACUGACCAUAAGUCUGCUUUUAUUUUUCAACAAGUGAAAAGAUUGAUUGAUUUAAUGUCUGAAAAUUUAAGAUAAGCUCUGUUCUUUUCAAUAACAUCUCAUGGAAAGAUAAAUGUAGAUGUGCAGAGGGCUGCCAUUAACAUUUGCCUUAUAUAUAAAACGAGUCAGUUGGUCAUGCUGUCCUUUGUUUCAUCAAUAUCAUAACCAAGUGCUUGUGAUAUUUCAACAUCCAAAAAAGUGUAGGGAGGUCUAGUUCUUAACUAAAUAAAUACAACAGACUUUAAUUCAGGAUCACCUUAAUUUGGACAGAUAUUACAGGCAGGAUGACAUUACAAUACCUUUACAAACUAACCCUCAUAGCAGUUAAAGGAGUAAGGUAAUGGCUGUGGAGACACUGUUGACACUUAAACACAACAUUAAUUGCAUACAGGUGGCCAGAUAUGCUCACAAUGAUAUGUGACAGCAUGAUAUGAUACGAUACAGUACAUUUUAUUGUCCAUUCAGGUUCACUAAGUCAAAAUCAGAUAGUUAAGGUCAUACAACAACAAUCAAGAGCCAUGUUUUUACACACACAUUUAUGCAUGUAUAUAUUUGUGUACUUCCAAAAUACCACUACUAAUAUGGUGGCUAUUCAAAUUGGAAUUCUUCCACUUUGGUUGCCCCUAGCAACAAAAUGUUCAACCAACUGCUGGUGUCAGACUGGAGAAGAAAACUCAAGGACAGUAGCCUACAGUUACAUACCUUGCGUUGUAUUCAUUUACACAGAUUAGUAGAGCAUAUAAACAUGAUUUUCACCACUGCCAAACAGGACUAACAACAAUAAUCUGUUAAAGUUUAACCUUGAGACUUGAGUUAAUAAAAAAACAGCAGUUUAAAAUUGAAGAAACAAACCCACAGAGAGUAAGAGAAGGAUUACAUAAGAAUUACAUAAUGAUUAUAACCAGACUUCUUAGAACAAGUAGCUGAGAGCAUCGUUUCAAUGGUCACAGAUAAUAUUACACCCACUGAACCCACACUCUGGACAGUGGGAUAUUCUCCUUAGUGUCAGUUAGCGACCACUAGGAGGCAGCAUAUGAACUUAUACACACACACACUCACUCACUCACCCACUCACUCACUCAUACACACAUACAAUCACUAAUGAAAGAAGUGAAUUCCCAUGAUUCACAUUCUCAGAGCAAAUUAAAAGAUUAACUCACAUGAGACUAAUAACGUUUACAAUAUUAAAGCUCCUCUCCUCCUGUAAUCCUCUGUGUGGGCAGAGCUGUUUCUGGGUACUGGACAAUAAUGUUAACGCACUCUGAGAGUUUAGUAUGUUCUACUGCAGUCUCUAUAUGAUGGAUAUACUCUGUGAAGUAUUUCAGAGAAUCCCCCCGGGGUAAAACGUAAAGUUUUUCCUCUAAUGAGAACUUCUGGAGUCCUGAUUGGAUGUUUCCUCUGAACAGCAGAAAUGCCAAAAUCAGCUCACCUUUUUCUUCCUUUGUUUUUUUUUUUUUUAUGUGGUGUGUAGGAGUGUAUGGAAGCUAGCUCUAAUUAGCUCUCCUGGGCUAAUAAAGGUCAGCGUGUUGUCCUGCUGAUACCCCAUUCAUAAUGAGCUGAGAAAUAGACAGUUAUUAAUAGAUACAUAUUGCUGCAGUGUAUGUGUGUAUGUGAGAGAGAGAGAGAGAGGCAGAAAGAUUGAGAUUGAGCAGGUGUUGAUGUGCGGUCUCUCGUUGAUGUAUUCCACGGUUUAUGAAUAGACCCUGCUGACAGAUUCACACACUCAAAGUGCUGUAUAGUGGUGACAAAAGACUUAAAAAGAGUCAUGGGUAUAUGGAGCGUAUGACCGGACUUGAACCUGUGAGGUCACACCCAUAUGACCCACAUUGUUGAGUACCUGAACACAGUCUAGUCAAACAAGCAGAGAAGUGGUGGAACUUCAUCGAAUGACAUGUCAUCCUAGGUUUUGUAUGAGCUCAACAAUAUGCAAGACUAGGUUGUCACAAGAAGGGACCUGGGAGGAUUAGCUGAAUAAUGAACGAGAAGAAACCAGAUAGGACAAGUACAGGACAGAAACAGUGUGGAGGACAAUGGAAAUGGAAGAUCUUGUUAACCUAUUCAAGUACCGACACCACCCAGAGAGCUCCGGUUUAGCGGUCAGGCGGUUUUUGCAAAGUCAGUGUAAAAAGCAGAACGACAUGUGCUGUAUUCGAGGAUUACUGUGUCAUCACAACCAACUUGAUGACAUUUGAAAGAAGAUGGGCUGGGCCAGACGAUACCCUGGAAGAGGGUUUAUGCUUUUCUUCUGAUGCCAGUGCUGUAAUCGUGUCACCAAACCUCAAGUCCAAGUUGAGUCUCGAGUCCUCAAUGUUCAAGUCCAAGCCAAGUCAGGGUCACUGCAGAAGAAGAUGAGUCUGAGAGAGUUAAGCCCCUAAUACCGAUAUUAUUAUUUAUACCAAAAGACCGACUGUUUUUACUAGUCUUCACAGUAUGAGGCAGGACUGACAGUGUAGAACCUUAUGGACAGGUGAAAACAUGUUUUGUUCAUUUUGAUCCUGUUGGUGUCUUGAGUUUAAAACGAUCUCUUAAUGUACAGCGCUGUGACGUCUGUAAUAGCUCUACAACUGUGCUGUACUUGGAUCCCUGCCUGAUGAAUUAAAAUACAACUGCAACCCAGCAGCUGUUGAUUAGAACUUAAGUGCUUUUUACAUUGCAUGUCACAUUCACACACUGAUGGCAGAGGCUGCUUUGUAAAGCACCCAUCAGUAUUAACUUAUUCCAUUCAUACACUAACACUGAGCCACAGCCGCUCCUCCCAAUCGCAACUUAAUCAACAGUUUAAAUAAGCGAACUUUGGCAUCUCACUUACUUUUCUACUUUUCUGUUUGUGGCCUGUCUUUAGACAUCUUGGCAAGAAUUGUUGCUGAACAAGAUGGUACACAGAUGUACAUGCAGAUCAAGACUUGAUCUUGCAGCCCUUGCUUGAAACAAAACUACUAGUUAUGGCCCAUGACACUAGUAUAUGCCCUCCUGUCCAUCCUCCAAGUCUCUUGAAACAUCAUCAUCGCUGAGAUGUUGUUCCCAGAGCACAAACUUUCCUCCCGUCUCAUAGUUCCAUCUUGUAGCACCAACUCUUCAUUAUUGUUCUUUGGCUUUGCAAAUUCAUUUGUCUAUACUUGUGAGCCCUUCGCUUUUAUUGAGAAACACCACAGAUGAAACAAAUCACUGAAGACAAAAGAAAAUCAACCCUGCGAGACUCUUUGCCAGGAGAUUAUGAGCUGUCCCAGGUAUCACCCUUUUUUAAAGUCUACAUGAAAUGCUUCUCGGGAUAAAAUGUUUGAACUACAGAGCAGACAGACUGAACAGGCAGCUGAAUAUCAUCUGCAUAAGAUUGAAAUGACAUACUGUGAUUGCUUUUGAUGUCCCCAGGAGGUGCAUGAAUUAAGGAAUAAAAUAAAAAUGGACCCUAAACUGAACCAUGUGGCACACCAUACUUUACAUCAGUAAAAGUAGCCAGUUGAACACUAAUAGGACUGGUCAAAGUCUAGUCAUCAUGUGAAUUAACAGAUGGAUCUUGCAUUAGUUAUACCAAAAUGUAAAAACUACAAGCUAGAAAAGGAUGAGUUGUAUUGGUAGAAAAUGGUAACAAAUAGAAAAAACUAAAAGAGGAUUUUUUUCUACAUUUUAUUCGUUUGUAUUUCAUUUCCCUUCUUGUUUUAACCUAGUUUUGACAUUCAUGCCUUUUCUCUGUUUAAUUUAAUCUGUUUUUCUUUUUUUAUCUCCCUAAAUGUUGUAUUUCCAAAUUAUUAGUUUCUUUUAUUUACUGUUUUUUUUCUUUCAUUCUGAGCUACAUUCAUUAUGCGUGUUGUUCUCAAAAACACAACAGAUCUGUGCUCCUUUCUUUUUCUCCUCCUCAGUCCUGUCCUCCACUCUCCUCUCCUCUCCUCCCCUCCUCUUUCUCCGCUGUGAACCGUGAUGCCAUGAACUGGCUGAGAGCGAGUGAGCAACACCGAGAUAGAGACACAGUGAAAGAGGGAUUUCCAUUGAGACAGAGUGGCUGUCAUCACCGCUCACCCUGAAUAUCAUCACCUCAGUGAUUCAGAUGCACUGUACGCUCCGUCUCUUUUCUCACUGUGUGUCGGUCGCCUUCUUCUAUCCACGCACACACGGAAACACACAUACACACGUGUCCCUCUGGGCUCGCACAGACAGGCAGUCAGGUGGCGAUUCUCUGCCGUUUGUUUGGGGUUUUCUCCUCCUCGCUGUAAUCAGGGAGCAGAUGACAGAGGGGAGAGGGAGGAAGAGGAGGAGGUGAGACGAAACAGCUGUUUCUCUGUCGAUGAUGUGGAGUAGUUUCCUCAAUCGAGGUAGGAAAUCCUUCUUAAUUUUGUGUCACAGCUCCACGUUUAGCUGCUUUGAUUCAGAGGUUUUGUUUUCAGUGUGGGGGGCUCCUGAUUGUAUGUAUUUAUACACACUGUGUCUGCAGGAAUCUUUGCGUGUGCUGUGUGUCAGUAUGUUGUUUUCUGAGGUAUUGAAUGACACAAAAGUCUUGACCUAGACUCGAACCUUGACCUGAGGUUGUUGUCUCUCUGCCCCUACAGUGUUUACAGUCUAAAAAUGGUGCUUCCACUGUGGAAACUGUGACCGACUUAGAGACAGAGUCAGCUGUCAGCACAGGUUGAAUAUAAUUGUUUGAUCAGUUAUUUCUGAUAUAUAUUUCUUCACAGCUAAAUAACUUGAUUCCUGCAGGGUUUUUGUUGUUCAUUUAUCUACUUCUUCAUUUGCUGUUAAGAUAUCUACUUUUAUUCUCUUGGUUUAGAUAUAAAAGUUGUGCAAAGGAUGGAGAUAGACAAAAUAAAGGCUGAAAAUAGCAGAUUUUCAAAAUAAAAUCCAAUGUUUUAAGGUUAGAUCUUAAAAUUAGAGAAUGAUCUAAUAUCUAAUGACUGUAAAAUAUAAGACUUGUGCUAAGUAUUUUUAUAAACACCAUUAAAGUUAAUGUAACUUUGAGACUGUUGUGUAUCUCUGCAGAAUUUAGAAUCACCUACAUGUGACGUUCAUAAAUAAUGUAGUUUUGAUACAACUAAAUCAUCAAGGACUUUUAGUGUAGUAGUGACAGUCUGCAGCCACGCGAGCAGCCAUGUGAGUUUAUAUUUGAGUAAUAAUUUUUGGCAAAUCCACUUAGGUUUUUAAUGCGCAAAUCGCAAAUGCACAUUAACAGGCAGAAACUGGGACCGUUCCUCCUGCAGAUGGUGAUAAUUUCGCUUACUUCAGAUCUCUGUUACAGACACUACAACACACUGUGCUGCCUCUCUCGCUUUAAUGUGAUGAUCUUCUUAUGUGCGCUCGGUAUGGAAAUCUGACUGCUUCUGCUCACACGGAGGAAGACUAUUUCCAGGAAUCUCAUUAGAUAAACGAACAUUUUGGCUCUUAAAACACAAAGAACUUCUCGAAGAUUUCAGGAUUAAACUGAAUAUGUAAUUAGAGAAGGGAACUGCGAUUGGUGCCUGUAUCUGUGACGUCCUGCUGUCUGUCUGAAUGACUGUGUCUGACAUUCCUCUGAUUAUAGAUAGCGUGACUGCUGUGAUUACCCACACACUGCUGCUCAUCACUACAGCACAGCGUGUGUGUAUGUGUGCGUGUGUUUAAUGCCUGGUUUGCUUGCACACACACAAUUGUUUCCUUGUGCAAUGUUUCUCUAGAUUGAACCUGAACCUAAUCUAAAACUGUUUUAGGGAUUUUACACUGCUCUGUAGCAUCAAGCCUCAUAUCUUUUGCUCUUCAUGAAGACAUAAACAAGUCUAAAGAUUGUUGGUUGUCUUUGGUUGUACUUUUGAAGAUAGGAGCUAAUUUCGGGAGUGUUUGUGCUUGAGUUGAUUUCAUUUCAGUGUCAAAUUAUUUCUUUAGACUUGCACUUGUUACUGAAGUUUCACUGUCUGUUGUCACUGAUCUUUACUUUGUUCAGCUGUAGUUUCAGCUAUGACAGAUCAGGAGGACACAGUCCAACACCUGUGGGCUUCUCUUUUUGAUUAUUUCAAGUGGUUCAAGUUAUUGAUAUAAUUUGCACCGUUGGUUGCUUGCUAAACAGAGACGUCGCUGAUAGGAGGAUUGAUGAAUAAUAAGAUCAAUAAGCAGAGUCUUUAAUGGCGUUAAUAUCAACAAUGGUGGACAUCCCUUUGGAUUUUCAGAUAAACAAUUCACCCAGUACCCAUCUUGAUAUUUAAAGGAAUACUGAGAGUACACAGGCUAGACUAAUGAAGCAAAAAGAGAGACCCAAUAGAGGGCAAGUCUUCAAGAAUAUGACUUCAGCCAUAAAAUGUUAGCCUGUUAUUGUAGCCCCCCUGGCUAACUCAGCAUAACCAAAGAGCUGCUAUCACAGUAAUUGGUUACACUUGAGAAACAGCGGUGCCAUUUCACCAACAAGAUUUAAGACUUGAUAAUCUUUCCCUUGUGUAUCUGCGUUCAUAAGGAGAGGAAAUGCUGUGCUCCCAGCCCAUAGAGGUCUAGUAGGAAAGAAUUAAGGUUUGGAUUUAUAAUAAAACCUUCUGUAAAAACCAACCCUACUAAAAAACGACAUCCCCCUACUUAACAGUCAAAGUGUGAUGAAGUUAAGGAGGAGCAUUCAUGAAGCGGCACAGACAUUUUAAGUAGUCAUUCAGUAGAAGUGUAAUGUAGUGGGCUGAGUACAAUUAAGGUCAGUAAUGUUCACCGGCUCAGUUCAGCUGAUAAUUUAAUGUUUGCAGGAUUGUCAAACAGAAAUAAGAAUAAAAAAGAGCAUCACCAGGAAGUGACACUAGAGGGAAUAUGAAAACACCAGGAUUACAAAAUAGAAUAGGAUAUGAACAAAAAACACAUGAAAACAUAAUUUCAAAAUUGGUAUAAUAUUACACUAUGUUUGGUCUUCAUCUAUUUAGAAUUAAUAGAAAAUUGUUGAGAUUCUUGAGGUUUAUGCUUCCUCUUGAAAAGUAAUAAACAUCCAAGCUCUCCCACACUUCAUAUCAGAACACAAACAUUCAGGCACACUUCCCAAACUUUUUCAGGAGGGCGUUCUUCGACUGAAAUAUCUUCAAGCCACUCUUUCCUGAAUCAAACGCACCCACACAGAAACAUGUCUAAUAGCCCUGUCUCUGAAACACACACCAGACACGUGGUCCAACGACUAAUUCCUCUAUCUCUGGAAUUAUUUUAAAGAUUUUCUGCAAAAAUAAACAGAAGUGCAGACUAAAUGUGUGAUCAGCAUGCUGCUAUAAGAAAGGACGCACUUGAAAGUAAUGCUUCUAAAUUUUGAAUGUGUGGGCAGGCGGAUGUGAAUGUGAGAACGAGGUAUGACUUUAUAAUUACUGGUCUUUGAUUUAGAAGUUGUGUCAUCUGGUGCAGCUUCUUUGCCUGCCCUUUGUUCAGUCACAAAAUUGGCCAUGCUUUGCCAACAGUGCAGAAAAACCGUAGACUGUGUAAAACAUGGACAUAAUCUCAGUAAUGUCACCCGAUUUGUGUCUAAAACUGAAGUUAGAAGCCUGUUGUAGGUGGUCCCCAUGUUGAAAAUGCUAGCUCAAUGUAACUUGUGGUGAACCUGCCUAGAAGCUAGGGGUGGGAGGAAAAAUCGAUUCACAUAAGUAUGGCAAUUUUUUGUUGCAAAUUUUAAAUUGACUUUUUUUGAUCAAAAAUCUAUUUUAUUUUUUUCACAUUUAGAAUUAAUCUUGACUUUCAUGUGAUGUGUAUUUUAUGGAGAAAUAUGGUUCCUGGAAUAGUCAGUAGACAAUCAUAAUCAUUCAACUGUUUUACUGGUGUUAAAAAUGCAGAUUAAAAAUCGAGAAUAUCGACAAUAUCAUAGAAUCGCAAUUUAAAUGGAAUUUGCAUCCAAAAAAUCGUAAAAGAAUUGAACCAGGAGAAAAGCAUAUCGUCCCAUUGUUAAGACGGACAUUUCCGUCUCAGUUACCAGCUACAGACUUGGACAUCAACAUCUUUGAAACAAAUACAGGAAGGGUUCAGAGUCUUUAUGGUAACAAUCCCAUUUUCUUAGCGUUUAUUUCUGUUCUCCCUCUCUGAACUGCAAAUAGACUUAAUAAUGUUUCCAGGUAGUUUAACGGUGGGAGGGUUUCUCUUAAGCCAGCACUUUAUUGUUGGUUUCCUAGUCAUAGUCAUGAAAAUCUUCAAGAGAUAUGUGUCCCUUUUACUGAGACUCUGAAAUGCUCCACUGUACUUUACAGAAAGACCUGAGAAAUGAACCAAAAGACAUCUGCAGAGUCUGUCACUCUCCUCAAAGCUUUCUAUGUUUGGCCAGUUCUGCUUCGAACAGUAUUGUGUCUGAUGGCAGCAGCAAUCUCAGCAAUCUCAGCAGCAAUGACUUUUAGCCGCACAGGGAACUCCAGCAGAUGUAGGCUCAUCCAUUUGUGCACAAAAAGCCUUGCUGCAAUUAAACUUGUUGCUGUAAAUUGCUGUAUACUUUUUCAGUCUGUGUUAUAAUUGUUUUUAAUUUGUUUGAGGGAACCUUCCUAAAAGGAUCAGUAAAGUCUGUCUCAUUAAGUCUGCUCUGGUUUGUUUGCUUGAUGGGUUUUUCUUUUCUUGGUUGCUCUGUGCUGUAGUCUGCAUCAAAAACAUUAGAACUGCCGGAGCUGGAGACAAUGAAAAAGAAAAAAUUUUUAUAAAAAUGUUUAACUGUACAUUUGGGUCUCAGUUUGCUCAAUACUUCUUCCAACACAAAAAGUUUUAAAAAGUCAUGAAAUGUCUGAUUUAUGUACAAUUAUUCGAACACAAUCAUGCUCCACAGAGGAUGAACCUCCCUGACUUUUUAAUGAGUUUUACCCAAAGACAAAUGAAACAUUUUUUCUCCAUUACUGACAAAGCUGAUUCAAAGAACGGCUAAAUCACGAGUUUGUUGUUUGUUCAGUCUCACACUGUAAUACACUGUUUUAAUUUCGCACUAAUUAGAUGACUUUUGCAGUUGAUUAAGCAGUUUUAUUUCCGUCAGUUCCCACUGUUUUCCUACCGAGUCUCAGACUGGAGCCCUCUUGUCUGUUUUCAUAUUCCUGAUUGGACUGAUGUGUGUGUGUGAAUGUGUGUGCGGCAUGUGUGCGUGCAUGCCUUAUUUUGGAUGAAGAAGGAUCUGAACGUGACCUACUUAGACACACACACACAGGCUUGUUAUGCUAAUGUGUGUGUUCCUCUGCAUAAUAAUAAUGCAGUGUGAUGUCUAAUGCUACCGUCAGCAGAACCACAUUCGGUUAAUGUCGCUCUACAGUUCUCUCCCUCUCCGUGGAUCAGGAAUGUUUAAGAUGCAGAUGAAGGUGGUAAGACGGAUCCUCCUCCCAGCAGGAUCACUGGUGUAUUUAUAUCCUGUGUUCUUCCAGGCUUCAUCUCCAGCAGCACUGAUUUCAGCUGCAGUGGGAAGCCAGGGAGGGAAUCUGUUAACAGUAGUUUAGUUAAGACAUCCGGGGGCAACUCAGCGGUGCACUUUUUAUCUGAGAGUGAGAUGAAGAGAUCGAUAAGGAGAGCACUGGCACUGGGCCACUUUUUACAUGAAGGCUACUUCUUAGUAUGCUGGAAACUGCUUGUUAAACCCCAGCACAAGAUUAAAUUAAAAAACUCUUACAUUAUAGUUUUAGUGAAAGUUUUUUUUUUCUUCUCUUUUUAAUAUUAUAUGUUAUCCAUGUCAUAUCAUUCCCUUUGCCAGUAUAGCCAGGCAGUCAUCAGUAGUGAUGGGAAGAACAGUUCUUUUGACUGUACUGAAUCUUCAGAAUCAAACAACACAGCAGUGAGUGAAACAACAGAGUAGCAAGUAGCAUGCCUGCUAAAUGAGUGGGAGUCACCGUUCUUUUAUAUCGCUGAAAAGUGGAGAGAUUAAAAAUAAACGUUGCAGUUGUAGUGGGGAUUUUGCAACUUUUAAAAUAUCAAAAAGCGUAUUGCUUUAAAUCGGCGAAAAUUAAAUCCCUCCUGCAGUUCGUGAACGACGCUACACCCCUCCCUCCUCUGCCUGCCUCAAGUCGUUCAGAGGUCGUUUGUUUCGUUCACAGUCUGACCGAUACAUUAGUUCAUUCGCUGUCAGCUAAUCACGAAACUCUGCUGGCCCGCUGGCUGGCUGGCUAUGUGUCGUUCGCCAAAGAGUCAAAGGUGGCAGUUCCACUUCCAAUCAACACGCCAGGCUCACAGCUGAGCUUAACUGAACUAAAAAGGGAACGAAUCAGGUCUCGGAGUGAUUCAAUUCACAUCGUUCACUCAGCAGGUUCCGUUCUUUUGAAUGAAACAUUCAUGAACGACACAACACCAGUCAUGAGUUUGUUUAUACCCGCUGCAGCCUUUCUCUUGUCACACUUGUUCUGUCCCUUGGCUUUUCAGACACAAAUGGAAACACUCGCCUGUUUCCUCCUGCUCCUCUCCCUGCUCUCCUCUCUCCUCCUGUGGCAAUCUGAUAGUUUGCAACACUAUUGUAAAAUAUGUUAUAAAUACAGCUGAGCCGCAACCUCCUCAUCCUAUUAAACUUUUUUUUCCACAUUGAUCGGAGCUGCUUAUGAGGAAGUGAAAAUGAGAAAACUUAAAGGUUUGAGAUGAUGUUUGAAGUAAUUAUGAGAUACACUCCAGAUAGUUCUGUAAAGACAAUUUGAGAAGAGGAAAUGCUAAAAUGAAGCAUUUUUUCCAUAUGUACAAUACCAACUGUGCACCGGUUAGUUGGGUGUAUGGAUUGCUCAAAACAGGCGCACACACUGUGCUCUGUGUAACAGGAGACAGUGUGAACCUACAACAACUGCUGUCUGAACCACACACACACACACACACACACACACACACACACACACACACACACACACACACACACACAAAGCAGUGACUGCAGCAGCGUAAUUUAAGCUUUAAUCCUCCAAUAUUAUCUGUAAGUGUGUGAGGUCGUCUUUCUCCCUUUCAGUGUGUAUUUCUCUCUCUCUCUCUCUCUCUCUCUCCUCUACUCUCUCUCUCUCUCUCUCUCGUCCCUAGGGAUUGGGUUUCCUCUCUCUGGAGGAAAUGGCAGCAGGGGAUUAAGAAGUAGCCGACACACACACACGCUCACAAACACACACACAUGCUCACAAACACACACACACACUCUCUCUCCCUCACACACACACACACACACACAGAAAUACACACCUGACACUCAGGGUUUUGGGGUUCAGAUAGCGAUGACACAUGCCACUCUUGCUCCAGUCACCUGAUAUGCUCUCUCUCCGUUACACACACACACACGCGCGCACACACACACACACACACACACACACACAGAAGGCAGCACAGUGAGUGUUGGGUGUGUUUGGCGUUUUGGUUGUUAAAAAGAAACGAGCAGAGCCGCACAUGCAGGCUGAGUACAGUAGACGACAGAGUAGCGUAUAGGAGGAUAAACACAAACUAAAAAAGGAGAAAAUUAAAGAGGAAAAAAAGUGAAUCUGGAUCCAAAUAGGGGGAAAAAAGACGUCUGGCUCAGGUAGGAACCUUCAUCUUCAUCCUCUCCUUCACCCCACAUCACUUCCUUCCGUCUGUGUGUGAAACAUCUCUGCUGCUGUUGGUUUCACUUUAACUCCGUUCGUUCAAAUCACUUCACAGUCUGAUUAACAGCACCAGAUGUUCCUCUGCUCAGCUCUCAGAGUUAAUGAUAAUAUAGUAAAGCUGUAGUAUCAGUCUGGAUGAUUUUAUGCUGCUGCUACUGAUGAUAAUGAUUUAAUCAGCUUUACACAGUCUGCGUUUAUUCACUAAACCUCUCUGUGUGUGUUUGAUAUGUAUACUGGAUUUACUGCAGUGAACACUCCAUCACUGCGCUAAAUAGACUUUGGAGAUGACACCGAGCAGCAAAAUAUAAAUACAGCAAGAAAUAGUUUCAGCUAUUCAACUACUGUAUUCCUUACGUCUAAUAUCAACAUUAUACAUCAUAAUAAAGAUAUUGUUUUAAAUCCCAGCAUUAUUCAUCAUGACUUCUUCUGAAAGUGCCGAGGACAAUAAUCCUACACUUUAUGAUAUCGUCAUUUAUCCAGAAAUUAUAGUCUAAAAACCUCUGAUAUAUCCACAAACCUCCUCUUCCGUAUGUUAUUGUCAUUGUAUCGGUCAUAGAAUCAUUCUCUGCUUUGGCGUAGUUUAUAUUAUUUAUAAUAAUUUUCCAAACUGUAUCACAGCAUUUCACAUCAUAACAAGUGCAUCAUAUUGUAUUAAACCAUUUCAUAUUGUAUUGUAAUUAAUUCUAGUGUUUGGCUAAUGACGAUGUCUAUCAUUUUGUUUCUUAUCGUAUCCAAUCACAUCAAAUCCCACUGAACAUCAACUCAUUGCAUCACAAAGUAUCAUAUCCUAACGUUAACAUAUUUAAUUGUAGCAUAAUGUACCGUAUCGUAUCGUAUUGUAUCGCAUCGUAUCGUACCGUAUCGUAUCGUAUCAUAUCGUAUCGUAUCGUGUGCGUUGACCUGCAGUUCUCAUCUCUACAGUGCAUGUUUUUUUUUUGUUUUUUUUCAAUUCUCUGAUUUUUUUUAAUGCGCCUUUUGUUUCUAGUUUUGGUUCUACAGAUGAUGCUUUUGUAAGAACUCCCACAAAGAAGUCUUUGGUUAUUUGUGAUCCUUUCAUAGAACCUAAUUUUUUUUAACAAUGUUUUGGUGCUGUUGGGUGGUCAGCAGGAUUAACAACGAACUAUUGCCCAUAUAUCAUAAAUCUUGCAAAAGGGACUGACAUGGGUCAAUCCAAGAAAGACCCGUUAAUGUUUAGAGUGAUUCAGAAUACUUUUCCCAAACAAGAAGAUGUAACUGUCUGAAAUUUAACCCUUGUGUAUGCUGCAAAUAAAAUGGUCUGUUGCUGCAAUUUGACAUACAAAACAAAAUUUAGGAAAUGAAGUUUCAUUUAAAUCAGUAUUUGAAAAGGAUAUUAUGCUAUAAUAUGCUAUAGUUGCUAUAGUUACUGUAGCUAAGGGGGAUUGGCUUUCAUACAGAUGAAGGUUCUGACUUAGUUGGUCAGACUAAUGCACAUUGAUUUUAUUGGGGCUAUUGAUAUUUUGACAGGUUGCAAGUCUCAACAUUUCAUUGUUGUUGCAUUCCUGAUAGAAAUAGAUAAGAGAAAAUCAUCCUGUGAUGCCAUGCAUAAAGAAAAUAGAAAAUAUUUAACUGACCACUUUUUGCGUGAAAAAAAUCUGUAAAUAUAUCUUUUUUUUUAAGAUAAUACAGUUUAUUUGGUAGGAACAAUGCAAAUUACUUAGUACAACUUCCACCUGAACCGAUUAGGCUGUCGCAGCUGAUGUUUUUUAAAAGAGAGAGGGUCAAAGAUAAUACAAAAUAAUCUGCAUACAAUAACAGAUAUUUGUAUGCACUUUGGCCUGUAUGUGAAAAAUGUUCCAAUUAAAUGCAGUGGAGCACAUCUCAAAACCAUGAAUCACAACACAGACAUAGUAACAAUCAGUUCACAGCUACCAUGAAGGAGUGCAUCUGAUUCUUCAAUACUGAAAAGGUGUGUAAUGAACAAAUAUUUAAUGACAAGGUGGAUCAAUUAAAUACACUUGCUGCUGACAUUAGUGGCUUAUUUGUCGGUGCUUUCCCUAUAUUAACAUUUGAGUGGAGGAAUUACCCUGUGAUGAAGUGUUUUCACCAUAUGACUGAUGUUUUUGCAGCCUCAGUGAAAGAUCUGAACUGGCAGGCUUGAUUGAUUUCAGAUAACCAUCAGUAGAAAGCGCAUCUUUUUUUUUUUUUUUUCGGGGGAUGCUUUUGUGGCAAGGAUUCCCCUUACAUAACUGUACGUGAACCUUUUCUCUUUUGUGCCUCAGUUAAUUCCCUGAUGGAUAAGGCUGGAUAAAAGCGGAUGGUUCAACGAAGCUAAUAAGCAACAAUGUCUUCCACUAUUUUGGUCUUUACGGCUCGUUGUUCCUUCAAAGGUCAGCUGUCAACUUCGCUCGCUAAGAAAAAAGUUAACCAAAGUUGAUCUCAGUGCAAAAAAGGGUUUACAUCUGUAGCCUGUUUGUCUGUACAUCAACAAAGGAGUGACGGUGAUGGACUGAUUAAAUGCACUCUGCAAAAGGUUAAGGAAUCCCUGCCACUCAGAGAAACACCGGUAUCACUGAGACACUUUGAUAUAUGUUUGGACAUAUUUAGAGUGUUAUGGAAAGUGUUACCGAGCCUCUCUCUCACACACACAGACACAUGUAAGAAGUGUGUGGUGCAGUGGAAACAUGAGCUGUUAUUGGCCAGCUGGUUGCUAUGUGCGAGUUUUAUUUUAAUUUCACCGAGCUGGCACUGUGGAUUUCUCUGUAUAUUAGUGGGUUUUUAUAAUACAUGCAGCUGAUAUCUUCGUUUAUGACAGUCAUUGUUCAGUCCAAGGGAGACAAUGCUUUCUAAAAUUGCCUCUUUUUCCUCUUACUUUUACUUUCCAAAAUUGUUUCCAGUCAGAUAAACAUUUAAUGGUUCAUAUUGUACCAAACUUUGGGGGGGAGUUAUCAGCCAGGAAAGAUUGGUAGCAGUGCUGUGAUUUAGAGAAUUUGUGACUCUUAAGGUUUAUCAUAGAAAACCCCACAACACCAGAGAUUUUAGUUAAAAAUGUUUUGCUCAAAUGUCCUCAGGAGCUCCAUAAAACCUGCCUGAUCAGUGCGGCCUCUGCACCUCCAGCCACUGCAAGCAUAUCUUCACCAUGUUGAAGAUGAAACACCACAGAUGCUCUUUGUGCCAUUCCUGCAAAUAAAAACUUAAUCUGCUCCAUUUGGAUUAAUAUACUAAAUUGGGUGAGUGAUUAAAUAUAAGCCGUUCUCUUUAGUUGCCGGUUGUGGUUUGUGACAGAUGACACAGAGCUCUGCAGGUCAGAUCGGUUUCGUGAGGUUCGGUCUGCAGCUGACGCUACAGCAGAGCACAGUGUGAGAUUUUCCUUCUUACGUCUUUAUCAUAUGAGCUUCCAAGUAGAACUGACCACAUGUGUGUGUAAAUGUGUGUGUGUGUUUGAGGUGUGAAUGCCAGAGAUAACCCUGGCUGCAGCCAGAAUCGUAAAUCUCACCGCUUCAGAUCAAACUGGACUGGCCAGCAGGAAACUGGAGGCUAAGAAAUACCCUGGGUUUAGCUAUAGGUUUGAAUAGAUGGUUUAUAGAACAUCUAAUCUCCGCAGCUGCUGAUGUCAGGAAAACUUUGAUCAUUUAACACUGUGAAAUAGUUUCCUCUAAUGAUGACUUAACCUCAUGGGAUGUAAAUGCUGCCGCUUGGAGUCUGUCAUCCAAACAAUGACAAUGGACACUGUUUGAUGAAGUAACGUCAGGUCAUGGGAGGUUUGUCCUCAUUUGAACGCCCACCAUUGCUGAUGAAAGACUGUAAGUAAUGACCAGCACAGAACUUAUUGCCACAUCAAAAAAAAAGUGUUUUCGGGUAUAAUUAGAUAAUUUUUUACUCAUGUUAAGUAAUGUCAGUGUUAUAAUACAGCCACAAAAAUCUAUAUUCAAGUGGUUUUUAAAGGGACAGUUCAGCAUUUUUUGGAAGUGGGAUUGCUAAUAAACUUACUAUUGACGAGUACCUCACACAACUUCACUUAAAAAAAAGUGAACUAUCCCUUUAACAUGGUUUGAUGUUAGAUAAUACAAUACCACACUAAAAAUGAAACAAUAAAAGGCAAUGCUAUUGUGAUGCAACACAACAUCCUGAAAAGCAAAGAUACAAGUAAACACAACACAGCAUGCAAUGAUUGAAUAUUACAUUAUAUUAUAUUAUAUUAUAUUGUAUUGUAUUGUAUUGUAUUAUUUUAUAUUACAUUAUACCAUACCAUACCAUACCAUAUCACAUUAUAUGACAUUACAUUAUUAUAGUAUAUUAUAAAUAAGCUCUUGGCUCUUGCUAAAUCCACUGAAAAAAAAUUAAUCUUAAUAGGGUAUUAAGUAUUUUUGAAGUCGAGUUGUAUGAGUUAUCUAUGUCACUUCUAAGAGUACUAACCAAAGUGAAUGCUGGCAAAAUCAGCCCUUUUAUUGAGAAACUGCGCGUAGAAACUGGACUCAAGGUAUGCUAGAGUUUUCUACAGAGGCGGCCAACUCUGCUUUGCAAUUUAGCUAUGUUUUGAGAGACCCUGAUCUAAAUGCACAUCUUGGUUUUGGUGUACACUACACUCUGAACCGUCAGAAAACUCGUUUGUUUUUGCACCAUUUGUGGAUGCAAAUAGUGCAUUUGCAUACAGGCUGAUAAGCUAAUCAGUUCUCUGCUGUAUGAGUCACUGUGAAUUUUGAUAUUGUUGCACCUCAGCUUUGCAUAUUAUUAAGAUUUAUUUUGGUGCUUUUUUGGCUUUUAUUGAUAGAGGGCAUCGGAUAGAGCAGGAAACGGGGUAGAGAGCAGGGAGUGAUGUGCAGGAAAGGGGCUACAGGGUGGAAUUGAACUCUGACCAUUUGCACAUAUGGGGUGCAUCUAAUCUGCUACACUAUCAGCACCUCAGCUUUGCAUGAUAUUAAGCGCCGAAUGCCUAAGAUUAGCUUACAGACGCAGUUAUAGCUGUGGAUGUCUAUUAUUUCAGCUUAGUCUUCCCCUUCAACAGCUAACACGGUGUAUUUUGAUAAGUGAAACAUGCUUCUAAUUUUUCCUACCAGAGGGGCAGAGCUGCCGAGCAUUCAUUGUGGCUGGAACACAUACUAGUGACAUAUCUCAUACAACCCUCCUUCAAAAAUACUGAAAUAUCCCUUGAUAAAACUGCAGAUUAUGUCACUCAUAAGAAAUUCAAGCCUAUAUUUUUCUGGUUAUAUCUUCAGAUGAGGUUAUCUUUUCAGUUUAUGUGCCAUACCAGGAAACCAAAGAUUUUCCCUUGUCAUUUAAAUCAACAAGCUCAUAAUGCGAGUAUAAUUCUGGUCAUCUGGUAACUGGUUCAUUCAACAGUUGUAUUUUCAGGCGCUUAGGGACUCCAGACUUUAAACUGAGUGGAGAUCUGGCAAGUUAACACAGUGACUGGCUGGUCGAAGUGUUUAUUGAACUGCCACAGUGGGAAGGGAAGAUGAAAAGUAAAUUAAAGACCCUGUUAGCCAGCUUGGCUUGAAUGAUGGUGGUAUUUUGGACUUGACAGUUACAGUAGUCCACAAACUAGCACUGAGUUUCAUUUGUUAUCAAGUGUCUGGUACAAAGACAUUUGAAAUAUUUGAGAAUGCUCCCUUCUUUUGCCAACACGUUCUUAGAAACUAUUUUGAUUGGUCAUACCCAUAACCAGAUUUUUCAUUACAUGUCAGAUCCUGUAUCAGACAAAUACAGUGCAAAGUAGUUUUAAGUUACUGAGGACAAUCAUGACUAAUUCCAGACUCGAGAUUUGUAGGGUGCAGAUGGAAAAUCAUUAUUUAAAGAAACCUGUGGGGAAACUUUAAGCUGAGAGUGUUAGUUAGUUUGUUUACAGGUGGCGCUUGGUUUCUCAGAUCUUCCGAGCAAUCAUCAACGGCCUGAAAUAAAACUGUCCGGCUCGUUAUUUAGUCACUGGCUGGUUUUCAUUCUGGCUUACAGACCAUGUGAAUGCAGUAGCAGAUGUGUUUCAGUAUUUAUAGCACCUUCUUAGAACAGCAACUAACUGUAAGACAGAAGGGUUACUGGGAGUGUGUAUGUGUGUGUUUGUGUGUGCGCAUGUGUGUUGUAACCAGAUAUUAGAGGACAGAAGGACAGGAUUAAGAUGACCCUGUCACCACGCAAUUCGUCACACAGACACAUACUUAAAGAUAUCGCCGAUCCAUACCGAUCAUACAGGAAACCAUGUCAAACUUCAGACUCAGUUAAACUCUGUCUCCAAUAUGUGGCACAUUCACACCCUAAAACUGAGUAAAAGUACCAGAAAGGAAUAUCAGCGUGCACACUUUAAAAUCUCUGGACGUUUGAGUGUUGUGUUGAUUGACACCGAAACACUGACAUUAAAAAGGAGGUCAAACAGUUGUGAGAUAGAGUUUCUCAAGGCCUAAGGAAUCUUGGAGAUAUUCCUACAGUCCAACAAGACACUCACGAUCCUCCUGGUGGCUUACGUUGUCCUUGAGAAGGUUCUGGGGCUUCUUAAAGACGGUUUAACUGGUCUUGGGAGUUAGCUUUGGUGGUCCUUGAAGCGAGUCAAAGAGUUUCCUUCUUAUGUGAUAUAGAAUAUGGAGACAGUACUUAAAUUAACACCGGGGUCAAUGGCAGGUGAAAUAACUUGAGAUGGAGAUACUUGUCCAUAAAAACUUUUAAAGGUACUUAAGUGUCUGUCAACAAGUCCUUCGGAUGGCUUGUAUAGUCCUUUAGGGAGGGGUGAUGACCUUGAAUGGUUUUCUGCUCGAUGGCGUCUGUCUAAGAGAGCUUUUAGGGUACCAUAGGGAUUUGAAAGAUGCCUGUUUCUUUCUUUGGGCUCUGUGGUUUAAGUGGUCCAUUUUUUUUGUUUAGGUGAGAUCAUUGGUCCAUUGAAUUUUUACAAUGGUUUAUUGAUACUCAAGGUGUUUUCAGUGGUCCAUCAUUUCUUGAUGUGGUUAAAAAUUUCCACUGUUUCUUAGGAUGGUUUUAAUAAAAGUGAUCUAUCCAAAAGGGGUCCAUUAGUUUUCUAGGGGGUGUCAGUGGUCCAUCAGUACCCAUAUUGGCUUCACUGGUCCAUUGUUUGGUAUCACUUGUCCAUCGGUACUCUAGGUUUUUCAAGUAGUCCUCUUGUCCUCUGGUGGUUUCGGAGGUCCAUUCGUCUUCUAGUUGGUUUAAGUGGUCCAUUAGUUCUCUAGUAGUUUCAGUGGUACAUCGCUACUCAAGGUAGUGCCAGUGUUCUGGUUUCUUUUUGUAGUUAUACUAAAGGGAUUGCCAGUGUCUCUAUGGUUCUUUGGUUUUCAGUGUUUUUUUGUUUGUCUUGAUGAUUUCAGUGGUCCGUUGUUUUUUGAGAGUUUUUUUUUUAUAAGCCCUUAGGUGAUUUUACUGCUGCUCAAGGAGGUACUGCUACAAUAGAUUAAACUCAUUACUUAACUAAUAGUAUCAGAAACCCUUUCUGACUGCAUCUUUCCCAUGGCAGCUCAAAGUCAUGGUGAGGUAUGACGGCAUUCCUGAUAAUAACUAUGAUACUGUCUUCAAAUCAGUUCAGUGGCUUGUCCAAAAUGUCUUAAACUGUUAGCUGAAAACACCUAGAGUGUAAUAUAGUAUAUUUGACAUGUCUGGGAGAUUUCAGAUGCUAGUGAUACAUCGUCUUAAAAGACAUGAUGAAUUAUUUAAGGCGAAGCUUUUGUUUUGGCAGAUCCAACCCGCUGACACACUACACCUUCUUUAAAAAUAGAUGUUAAUCUGUAUUUACUAUAAUACAUAAUCUCUGAGCUGAUCCAGACAGUGAUAUGGUCUGUUGUGCGUCUGUCUACAUGUGUUUGAUUACAGCACUGUGUUGUGUCAUGCUGUUAGUGAUAAAUACAGAUACUGACUCACAGCUCUGUUAUAUGAGGAUAAACUCAGUGAGAAUCAUCAUGGCACUCAGCCAAUCUUCCUCUAGCUUGGUGCCAGUCUGAACGCACACUCAUAGCUGGCAAUUCCUGGCCUGGCUUUGCAUUGUCUGAUCUGGGCACAAUGAAGACCUGCUCAGUUGAGUUUAUUCAGAUCAACAUGUAAAACUUUCUCAGAAAUCCUCAUCUGCAAGGGAUAGAGCUGGAUUAGACAUAUUAUAGGGGCUUAUGGUGCAUUAAGAAGGUGUUAGAUAUUGGUCAUAAGGCACCCAGGGUAGUUGAAGGGAGGUUAUGGGCAAUUAAGAGAGGAUAAAAGGGCUUAUGAGGUAUUUUAAAAUGGGUUAUAUCGAAUUUAAUAACAAUUGGGGUAUUUUAAACUGAGUGGUUAGAGAUGAGCAUUACUUUUGAUUGGGUGGGACUUAUUGUGUUGGAAGGUAUUUAGAAAAGGUUAGAAUAGAUAUUGUCAACUAAAAAUCGAUUAAAUCUUUACAGUUGUGCAGGAUCAGUAAUACAGUAUUUGAAGUAGAUAUUAUUGGUACAGAAUGAUUAUUAGUGCAGUUAGAUGAAGUGUAAUCAAGCUAAUAGCUACAUUCAGACUAAUUGGCCCCAAGUGGGUGAUGAAGAAACCACGCUUUUAUUUAAUUCAGCAGCAAUAUUGUGCAAACAGAUAGACGAAGAAACUGUGAGUUUAAUUUCUUUACACUAUUUCAUAUUAGAUAAUAUUACACUGUCACAGAUGAAGGAAGGGGCUUUAAGUUGGAGGGGUGCUUAAAUAACUCCAACCAUGACUUGGUGCUCAAGGGUUUAUCUUUUGGUGUGCUUUUUUAAUGUCUGGUGGUUCACAAAAGAAAUCUGAAAAUCUUUUCUUUACCAUAAUGUACUUUACCAGUAUUAGUGGCUGCCAGGUGACAUGGCUGCACGAUGCCUACCAUUAUUUCAAUUUUCUUAUCGUUCUCAAAUCUUCCUCAAUCUUUUAAAUGUAUUUUUAUCUAUGUAACAAGAGGAAGUUAUAAAAAUAGAUAGUCUUAUGUGUUUAAUUUCAUUGCUUUAUUUAGAAAUGGAAAAAAAAGAGUGGGUGCUGCAGCACUUAUGAUAUUUUACUCCCCAAGAUUAUACCAUUUCUAGCCGUUCAUGCAGUCCUAAACAAUUUUAUUACACAUUGAGCAUAUUUUUUUUAUCUUGUUGGUUAGGCAUGAAAACCCACUUAGUUGCAUUUAUCUGGUGUAAAAUCUUGUUUUUCAGUCGCCAUCUCUGGUGACUACACUGCAGGUCAGACACAACAUAUGACCAGCAUUUUGGGCCAACUAUAAAAAUAUCAAGACUGACAAGAUUCAAUCCUUGAGUUGACUAAUCACGCACAUACCCAGUCAGGAUGUUUCCACAGUGGCCUGAUAUGGGCUGUUGUGCUCUGAGAGUGAGUUCCAGUGUGGAGAAGCGGGGUAACAUUGAGUUCACAGUUGGUGAAUUUGGAUUAUGAAACAUACAGAAUGUGAUGGAAUGACCUAUAAAGCGUUUGAAAUCAGUCAGACAAGUUUACAGAGUAUUUAAAAUGCAAUCAGAUGGGUUUGCCUAAAUUAAGUUGGACAGAUGGACUAAACCAAGAAGACUAAAUGUUCUUCCUCUCCUACUCUUCCUCCUCCUUCUCUGUCAGAGCUGAUUCAGUUGCUCUCAGUGUUUUCACCCACACUCUGUUGUUACGAAAGAAUUCACUGCAGGGCUUCUGCAAGCUGUGACUUUAAAGGUACAUAGAAAGAAGAAUAACUCUUAUUCUCCAGCAGGUUUACUCUUUGUAUUUGUGUACGCAGCGUAUGUAUAUGUAACACCUUCUCAUGCGUAACUGGAACAAACACAGCUGCGAGGAGGUUUAAAUUUGGAGUCUGAAUUCCAAGGCAUCACGACUUUCCCUGAAAUGGCCCGCACACACGAAGAUUACACAAAAAUAAUGCCAUGAUUUGACUCUAUGUGGCUUUUAAGAGUUGGGAUACUUCAGUUGUUUUGAACAACAAAGGCAUUUUCCACUCUGUUUAGUUUUUCGGGCAUUUUGUUUGAGCAGAUUUCUUGGCUUAUCUCUACCUCUUUUAAUGGAGAUGGAAGGGAGUUCAGAAGUACAAAACAACCCUUAGUAGCUCUUUGGAAACUGUACACAUGGACUCAUUAUGUGAGCUGCUUAAAAACCCAUUUCUUCCUCUUUUCUCCCUGUAUUACUGCAUCCUCUUGACUGCAGCAGCUGGGGCGCCAUAUGUUCAUCAUGUUAUUGCUGUUAAGUACAUCAACCACCCAGGUCUGCAGGUCAAAAUAACAUCCAUAAAUCUAUAUGAAAUGAGUCAAAGACAAAGAUUUACCCUACUUAUUACCUCCAGACUUCACCAGAAAAUAGUGUAAUAUCUUUGAUGAGGUCAGCGUAAGAUAUAUUCACUGACUUUCUCACAUUUAACUGACUUUCUCACAUUUAACUGUGUAAUUGAAUGCAACAUUUUCAUUGCCUCAGCAGUAGGUUACAAGGAAGAGGACAAGAGCAGAGUGCUGCAGUCUGUGGAAAGGUUAUAUUUAAACACAAGUUUUGCCCUGAGCAAAGUGUUUUUUAAUACCAACUGAAGGCUUCAGCAUCUUUCUUUAAAAAAAAGAAAACAAAAAAAGAAAGAACAACACACAAAUAAAAAUUGGGCCUCUGAAGCUACCUUGAAAAAGGGGCAGUGCUUUGCCUCUCUGCAAAAACAGCAAAAGAAAGAGCCUUUUUCUACUGGAGUUUAAGAAGGGUGUUUUUUUUACAAUUAACAAGCGGACAGUGACCAAAGACAGCAAGAAUAAACAUUAUGGAGCAAUAGUCCCCUUGAAGAAUAAGGGUAUUAUACAAGCCAAUAAGCAAUACAGUAGCUGGUGUGGUUGAACCAAGAGGCAGCCUUUGGUGUUAAUAAAUGUAAGCAAAUAAAGCAGAAGUGCCUAAAACUGCAGUUCAUAAAGUGUCCACUAGAGGCUGGCUUCAAAAGCCUUGGAAGCCACACACACACCCAUUUAAAGAGGCCCAUCUUUAUAGCAAAAAUAGACAUUUUUAAGGACUGGUUCAAAGAUGAUUUUGGUUUUAAUAGAUCAUUUCACUCUUCAUACUCACUACACAGGGGUGAAUGUUUGAAUGAGACAUUAGUCUUUAAAGUAUCAAGGUUGUGAAUUUUGUAUAAUUCAAGGCUCUGCUGAUGUGACUGAAAGGCAGGCUCACUUUAGCUGUCACCAGUGUGGCGAAAGGCAGUCAGUCUUUGUCUGUUAAAACACCAGCUCAUUUCCUCCUCAUUGAUUUUUGGCUGACCCCAAAUUAGGCUGAAUCAGCUUUUCCAAUAUGGCAACCACAAAUCCCAGACUUAAGAGCCUCCGUUAAGAAACCAGGAGGUGAUGUCACUGGGACUAGUUUUACUCAGUUUAUGACGUUGAGCCAUUUUAGACCAUAAUUUCUUCUUUGAUAUAAAACAGGCGACCAACCACCUGAACAGAUGGCUGAAGAACAAAAGAGUGGUCAGUUCAGUAACAGUGUUUUAUUACAUGUUGGAAAUCAAUCAUUCCCUGUCUCUGUUUCCUGGUCUUUAGGAAGUGGGUGUGGUACAGUGGGCGGUGCGUUGCCAGGGCUGAUAGGCGCCACUGGUCAAUCGGUGAUGAUGAAACCUUUCCUGUCUUUUCCUGUUGAGACGUCAACGCCAGUCGGACUGUUCCCAAACUUCAACACGGUAUGAUCGUGUGUGUGUGUCUAUUUGUGUGUGGGUGUGAGGGACAGUUACAGUGACAGGAUGUCAUAGCUGCAGGCGGUACAGACUGAAUGCGAUAAAGAGACCUGUCACUUCAUCAGCAUCACUCUGUCAUCACCGUUCAGUAAGUCCUCGGCAGUUUGUUGACCUUUGACCUCUACCUCUACGUGUGUGUCCUGCAGAUGGACCCGGUGCAGAAGGCCGUCAUUAACCAUACCUUUGGUGUCACGUUGGUACCUAAGAAGAAACAGGUCAUCUCAUGUAACGUCUGCCAGCUGAGGUUCAACUCUGAUGUAAGCAUCUAUGUUUGUGUUUUGAUGUGUGUGCGCUGGUUUGAUUCUUCGUACUCCUCCACUUAGUUUGAUGUUUUUUAUGACCAGCUUUCAUUUAGUCAUAUUUAAAGGAGUAGUCUGUUAUUUUCCAUUAAUCUUUUUGUCCUCUGGCUUCCCUGAUAAUAUGACCUGUUUAAUUUCUGUAAAUACUGCACAAAAAUGUCAAGUCUUGUUGACUUAGUUUAUAUCGCACAUUUAAUAAGUAACUUCUGUUGACCAAUAUAAGAGAUCACAAAGAAACAACAAUAAGCUCAACACUUCAACAAACUAGUUAAACCUGUCAGGGUUAUAUCUAGGAGCAGCUGAUUGGUUGACCUCAGUGCUCUCACUGGACUGUAAACUUAAAGAAGCUCAGCUUAGUGCUGUGGCGCCAAUCCAUUAAAGGCCUUAAAAGUCAACAACAAAAUUUUGGAAGUGGUCUCUUUCUUUUCCUUUCAAGCUACAUGACUGCUCUAAACCCACAUACAAAGAAUAACAAUAGUCAAGAUGAGAUGUUAUGGAAAGCAUGGAUCACCCUUUUUAAAUCCUUAGGAAGGAGAUAAGCCUUUACUUAGAAGGUGGACCUAACAACAGAAGAAAUUUGCCUGUCAAAUGUAAAAGCACUGAGACACUUUCCAGAAGAGUGAACACUUUGGCCAGAGGGCCAAAAGUGUUUCCAUCCAGCUGUUCGGGGUGUCCAAACACAAUGAUCUCAGUUUUACUCUCAUUAAGAUUCAGGAAGUUCAGGCUCUGACCAUUAACUGAAGUUUUUCAGAUAAUUGAGCAGAGGCUGAAGUAAAUCCUCUUAAUAUUAAAGAAAAAUACAUUUGGACAUCAUCUGCAAAGUUUGAAUGGAAAAUAGACCGAGCGUUUUGGAAAGAAAAUAAGAUUGGACCCAAGACUGACCCCUGAGGGACUCCCAGAGUAAGAGGGACUGUCUCUGAGAAAUAAUCCCCCAGAUGUAAAGAGAAUUUCUUAUCUGCCAGGAAGAACUUGGACCAGCUGAGAGCUGCCCCCUUAACGUUACACAACUAAGUAAAGGGUAAGGGAGUAUCUCAGAGAUUACAUAGAAAUCUAAGUCCUCCCAUUUGCCUCUAAUAAAAAAGGGUGCCAAACCUUAACUUAAGCCUUUUUAUAGGUUACUUGUUAGGAAUCGACCUUUACAUCUAGCAAGCUUCUCAAUUGUUUGGAUUAGGGUUAGGAAAUAUUAGUAAGUCUCUUUGGGAAGUCAAAAGCAAAUCCGUCACAUGAUUUUGCAUUAAACUUUCUCUCUAUCUUACUUUAGCUUGGCUUGUCUAAUAAUUAUAAAGUGAUCUCAGCAGAAUUUACAACUUUGUUUUCCUAACUUUGAUCCUUGAAAAGUAAAAAUAAUGUCCACAGAUUUUUAUCACCUUUGGUUUCUGGAGCUCGGCUUGGAGUUUAGUUGGUAACAUUUGCAAGGUUUGCAUUAUUCUUCUAGGUUUUCACACAAAACAUUGGUUUGUAUAAUCAGGUGUAGCACCUGGCGCUCUGUCUUAGCACAACUCUGUAAAUGACUCGGCUCAUUCACAUAAUGCCUGCCAAGAGAUAACAAGGUUCCUUCUCAGUGGCAUGCCAAUCAAACAUCACUAAUGUAUGAGCAUUUAAAAUUAUUCAUGAGAGAACACAAAAACAAGAAUCACUGCUGAAGAGAAGAGACAGGGAGAGGAGAGGAGUAAAGCCUGAACUUAGUCUAAUAAACUGAAUUCAAGCUGAGUCACAAAGCUUUCAGACAGUCACAUGAGGACAAUGGCGACCUGGAGGCUUGUUACAGUGCACUUAUACACUCACGCUGGAAUGAUACCCUGUGUGGUGGCACAUAACACAAUCAUUUACAGUACAGAGACGGGCUGUUUAACCUGAGAAAACCUGCAGAACAUUAUGCAUUUGACUGAAAAACUGGCUAAAGCAAGAAAUUGUCAGUCAAGGACAUGUUUUAUCAACUCCAAAAGCUCCAUUCAGUUUGAGUAAGCGCUGGUUACUACAAUACACACACGUGUCAGAACACUGCUGUUUUACAGACUCGUUGGAAGAAAAUAAAGGCAACUGAGGCGAGUUGUAAAGACUAUAAAGUGGAGAAACUUCAUCCAAUGUGACUGAUAUCAUUAGCUGCCCACUCGCUUGUGGUGAAUGUUCAAGACUAUUAAUUGCUGCAUUCAGACUUUGGCUCAUCCUAACUUCAUACUGACUUAUUAAUAGAGGACAUGCAGGGACAACGUCUGCAUUAGUCAGGGUCAGCGGAUUCAGUCAGUGGUGUUCACAUAUAUACCCCAACUAGAGAGUGUGAAAAAUUUUUUAUAGAAGAGCGGUGAGUGCUUGUGUUUGAAAGGGGCUGCCGAAUCUUCUAUUUCUUCUCCUCUACUUGAGUAAAAGCUCUUACUCUCUUGUAGACAAAACAAAGUAAAUUAAUCCAUUUUGAAAACUCAUUUGUGCCAAUCUCGACCAAAGUGAAUUAUGUAUCUUGGGGCAGCAUGCGUUGUGCGACUGUAUCAUGGUGUUUGUAUCUUUUUUACUUAUUUUUUGUUUUAUGCAGAACAAGUGUGUUAUGAGUUAAAUAUACCGCUCAUGGUUUUAAUCGGUGUGUCAUCAUUUAUGGAAGGAUUAAUCUUAAUUUCAUUGUUUCUAUUCAUUAAGACUACUUUAAAGUAGCUUAAUUUUUAUAACACUUGAAUCAUAAGGUUGAAUCAUCGUAUCACACCGCACCAUACGGUACUGUUCCAUAUCAUAUCGUACUGUACCAUACCAUACCAUACCAUAACUGAAUAAUCAUCAUAUCGCAUUGUACCAUGUUGUAUCGAAUCGUAUCGUAUUGCAUCAUAUUGCACCACUCUGCAAUGUAUCGUAUCGCACCACACUAUGCUGUACUGAUCCAUAUCCUAUUGUACUAAACCAUACUAUAUCUGAAUAAUCGUAUCAUAUUGCAUUGUACCAUGUUGUAUCAUAUCAUAUCGCAUCAUAUCGUAUUGCACCGCACUGCAGUGUAUCGUAUCGUAUUGUAUCGCACCGCACCAUACCGUACUGUUCCAUAUUGUAUCCUACCGUACCAUACCAUAUCUGAAUAAUUGUAUCAUGUUGCAUUGUACCAGGUCGGUAUGGCAUCGCAUCAUAAUGCACCGCACUGCAAUGUAUUGAUUCGUAUCGCAUCAUAUCGUAUCGCACAAUGUUACAUUGUAUUAUAAUUUUUCAUAUUGUUGCUACUUUGCUGUGAUUAAUCAUAUUAGAUUAUCUUGUAUCUCAUCAUAUUCUUUUUCAAUCAUCCAGUAACAUAUUGUAUCAUAACAUACUGUAUCUUUUUAUACUAUGUCAUAUGAUAGUGUAACACUUUUAUUGUGUCAGUUUGUAACAGUAUGGGAUUGUACUGAACAAAUACUCUACUGUGGGAUCCAACAGUAUGUUAAAAAACUAAUCCCUAUCUUAAAGAGGAUCAUCAACCAUGGUAUUUGUCAAUCCAAGAGGCCAAUGAAAUAUUCCUCAGACAGAGAGGGGCAUCAAUAUCACAGUUUUCUACAUUUGAACAGCAGGAAAAAAAUGAAUAAAACCAAAGUUAAGAGCAGUUUCUUUGUUUCCAACAGUCUCAAGCAGAAGCUCAUUACAGAGGAAGUCGUCAUGCCAAGAAGCUCAAAUCUCAGGAGAAUAAGGUCAAGGCCAAGCUCUCAAACCCUGGAGAGACCAAUGGAAGCAGCACUAGUCCUGCCGGCCCCGCCCUUCCUGUAUCAGUCAACAGCACUAAUCAGCACACAGGUUGAUUAAUUCUCUACUGAUCUGUGAACUGUUAAUGACACUAAUCAUGUAUUAUUGAUGGGUGAGCUGGAUUUUUAUACCGCCUUUUCUUCUCCUCUUCUGUCCUCCAGAGCUCUUACCUAGCCUCACAGACUCCACCUCUCCUCUCAAGCCUUUUCUCCUCCUCUCCCCCUCCCCGCUCUCGUCCUCCUCCCCCUCCUCUAGCAGAGCAGGCAGUGAGCCUCCUCCCUCCAGUCCUCCCUCUGCUCUUCCAGCCCCUGGCCUCUCUUCUUCCUCUUCUUCUUCUUCCUCCUCUUCUUCUUCUUCCAAAGCUUCCCCGCCUCCCCCUCUUUCAGCUCCUGUCACUUCUUCAGCGCUUGUUGCUCCUCCUCCUUCAUCUUCUCAGGCCUCCUCCCAGGACGCAUCUCUCUCUGCGGAGUCAGAGGAAGAAAAGGCAAAGAAGUUACUGUACUGCUCGCUGUGCAAAGUUGCUGUUAACUCUCUCUCACAGCUGGAGGCUCAUAAUGCAGGUAAGGUGGUAUAGUAUGGAAAUGCAUCUGGGUCAUUACUAAUGGGGGAUGAUUUGAUAUGUAAUUAGUUUUCUACCUGAAUCAUAUGUAAAGCAAUGAAUCAGAGAGAAAAACAAUUAGAAAAUGCAAAAUUAUGCAAGUUUUCAUGCAAAACUGAUUCAGAUAAAGACUUGAUUACUACUAUCACUUUCAAAUGUUCAUAAUGACAGAUUUUCUGAUACACAGAAGUUAGUCUCUGUUUGUUUAUGUUUGCAGGUUCAAAGCACAAGACAAUGUUGGAGGCCCGAAGCGGUGCCGGACCGAUUAAGGCGUACCCUCGACCAGGAGCAAAACUGAAAAACGGCAGUAGCUCCACAGUGAAGGGCUCUGGUCUGCAGAACAAAACCUUCCACUGCCAGAUCUGUGACGUCCAUGUCAACUCUGAGAUCCAGCUCAAACAGGUAAAAUCACGUUACAGUAAAACUGAAACCUCGCUUGUUUUUUAUUGGAUUAAAGUCUUCUGUACUCAGAUUAAGCUUCAGAAACGUCUCUCUGCUGGUGCUAGCUCUGCUAAUGUUAGCCACACUUCACAGAUCAAUGACCUUUUCACUCACUCUCUGAUCCCAUGUUAAGCUGUGUUGACUAACUUAUUCUCAAAUUUGACUCUCUUCUAAAUGUUCCUUGACUUUAGACCAGUCAGUUUGUCAGAAUUUGAAUUUCUGCUCCAACCACUGGGGAAAUCAGCUGCCUCAGAACACCCCUGCUUCCAAAAGACUGUUUGAAGCUCUAUUUGCAUUUCAAUGCAGCACAUUUCUGUUUCCUUGGACUAAGCUCCUUCUUCUGGAGUCUUGACAGAAUUGAUUUGGGAAGAUUUUGUGUCGCCAGACUCUAUUGUGCGACUCAGUAAAAUCAGAAACAAACUCUGGUUAUUCUACUCUAAGGUUUACAGGUAGAGUUGAUAUGAUCAAAAGAGACAAAGGGGGUAAUUAUGAGUGCUAUAUAUUCAUAUGUGUGAAAACAUACUAUAUCUCACCCCUGCAUAAGUCAGUGCCCCCGAAAGUACGGUUGUUUUGCCACACCAUCCAGCAAACAAGUACAACAGAGUAGCAGUGUACUCUUUUUAUUUGCUACAGAGACUUUUACAUAAAUGCUUUUUGUCGAUGUUGUUGCAGCACAUCUCCAGCAGAAGGCACAAGGACAGAGUGGCAGGAAAACCCAGCAAACCCAAAUACAGCCCUUAUAACAAACAGCAGCGCAGCUCACUCACUGUAAGUGUCGCUCUACCUCUUUUCUUUUCUGUUUCUUUAAAUGCAUAAAUAUUUUUGUCCUGAACAGACCAAAACAGUCUCACUUUAAUAUUUAUCAACCUUGUGGUUAAAUAUCGAUCCAGUACUAAUCAAAGAGGAGUGAAGUGAUAUAUUUACACAUUAACUUUUCUUUUUCCCCAUCUCUCUCUCUUUUUUCCUAAUUUUUGUUUCCUCUCCUUUUUCCUCAGAAGGAGCUAGUAAAGCCCUCCCUCUCUCCCUCCUUCCUCUCUACUCCCUUCGCUCCUCCGCCCUCCUCCCUCACCAACACCAUCUCCCUCCCUCCCUCCUCUCUCGCCUCCUCCCUCUCUUCCGCUCCUCUCCUCACUCCUACCUCCACGCCCCUCACUCCUGCCAUCUCUCUGCAUCCUCGUCCCCCCGCCUCCUCGUCUCUUUUCACCGCCUCCUUCCUGCGUCCAGCUCCUGGACCAAUCAGAGCGAGCCAAGGAUCGAUUCUCUUCACGCCGUACUGA